GAGAGGGGAAGCGUCUCUGCUGCCCGGGCGGAAUCGCUUCUUUCUCCCCGCUCCCAGGCGGCGGCGGCAGCGGCGGCGGCGGCGAAGACUCUUCCUCGCCGUCUUUUUCUGCGUACGCUGCUCAGCCCUCUUCCGCAUACAUGGCGCUUCGCUUCAGGAGCGGCCGGAGGGGCCAGUUUGUGAGUAUCAGGGUCGGGGUCUGGUGGUGGUUCGGGGAAGGGGAGCCCCCCCCCGCGUCUCCCCCCCCGUGUCUUGUCAGGGGCACCGGUUGCCAUGGCGACCGAGAAGCUCUUCCACUGCCACUCUCGGCGUCCCACUAUAAAAAAAACUUGUCCGAAGGGGGAGAGAUGAGGAAAGCCUUGCACAGUUAGGAAUGUCCCUGUUCUGUGUCUUCGGGACACGCCAGUAACCUAAGAAUAAGUCUAGAAACAAGUCAUUUUGCUCUAGAAAGGGAAGUUCUCAUGCGAAUAGUGCAAUUUUUGAAGGGCAUGAAGCUUCUAUACGUAGAGUCAUGCAUAUUGAAGCCACCACGUCCGCCUUUGCCUACUAUGACUUGUGGUGGUGCUUCAGGGACUCAGGCAAAGUUAUUUCCCAGUCUUUGCUGCUUCAGGUUCUGCUUUAACUGGAGAGGCCCCGGGGGACUUCCUGUAUGCCAAGCGAUACUGCAAGUUGGAUGGCUCCUUUCCCACACUGGGUGGACAUCCGUAUCAAGCUAUUAGUGUUGCUGCAGCAUUUCCAGGACAAUCAUCCUGUUUAAUCUUCUUUAUCCAAGAUCAAUAUACAACUGAACAUUGUUGGUGUUAACUUUACCAUGCCUGAAGAGGCAUGCAUAUAAACAUAAAUAUGCUUCCUAUGAACAGUGAAAAAAAUUCAGUGUUUUUAUUUUUUAAAAAUAUUUUAAAAUAUUGUUACAAAAUCGUAAUAUUUAUUCAUUCCUAGGGUUUAGGCCAGGGGGAUCCCCCCAGAUCUAUAACAAUAAGCAAUCUAACAUAAGAAACUAGCAACACAGGUUACAAAGUACAAAGUAACUGUUUGAUGGCAUAAUUGCAACUUUUUGAAUAUUUGACAAGUAUUGCAUCAAUUGCCAGGAAUUGUGGGUUUAUUUUUGUUGCAGGUUAGCUGUGGGAAGCAGAAUGGGCAAGACCAGUAUGUUCACAGUGUACUAUUAGGCGGACCAUGGUAAUUGUCCUGUUGUGUCACCACUGUAGUCCAUGUUCUGAUAUCUUCCAGACUGCCUUAAUACAAUGUGCUCUACAUGGGGCUGCCCUUGAAAACAACUCAGAAACUUAAAAUGUUCCAAAAUGGAGUGGCUAAAUUAAUGGAUGGGACCCUGUUUAGAACUCGUAUAACUCUUGUUUUAAAACAGCUGCACUGGUUGCUAGCUUGUUUCCAGCCCAGUUUAAGGUUCUCAUGCUAGUGUUUAAAAGCCCUAAACAACAUAGCCCCCAAAUAUCUAAAAGACCACUAAGAUGCAGACCCUCUCAGGUGUUAAGAGGGGCUCAUCUUGGUAGUUCCAUCACACUCAGAGGUUCAAGGUUGUGUGUAACUGAGGAGAGCGCAUUAUCAGUGGCAGCCCAUAAGCUGUCAAAUUUCCUCCCCACAGAGGUAUGUCUGGCACCUUCAUGGCACAACUUUCAUGGUAUACUGAAGACACAACACUUUACCCAGAUGUUUGACUUUUGAGAUAUAGCAUUCUAAGACACAACCGAGUAGUGACUGCAAUUUUUUUUAAGUUGCUUUUAAUACUGUAUUUUAUAUUGCUUCUGGUGAAGGGUGGGUAAUAAAUAUAAUACAGUAGCAAUAACUAUGGUUUAUCUUAACAUGCAAGUGAGCCCUAUUCUUGUGCAUACUUGCUCAGAAGUAUUUGAUGGACGUGUAAGGCUGUACAAUAUUGCAGUUUUAUGGGAGCAGAGGCAGGGAACAGAAUAUGCUUCUGUAAAUGGCCUUUAAAAAUAGAAAUGCCUAUAGCUCACUACCCUGCUAGUUAGAAGUGGCUGCCUCCUUUCAAUAAAUGAAAGCUUUGGUUGCUAUCCUGGAAAAAAAACCAGUUAAAGUCAGCAGCUGUACUCAGCAGCAUCGCUUUCAAGUGGUUAAAUAUUUCAUAUGAAACAUGUCAAGUCUCUGUCUCUAAGGAUGUAAAGAACUCUCGAGCCAGUUUUGCUCUCCCCAGAAGAUUUCAGGCUUGUUUUCCUUUCACAGCAGUUUCCCAAGAGGAGUUUCAAACUAGUUUGUAAUAUAGCAUAGUAGUAUUCUCUUUUAAAAUGAAGUAAGAUUAUAUCUAUAACUAGGUGCACUGAGUCCUCUUUGGAUUCUAUGCACAUACUUAAAAGUAUGAAAUUAAUGAGACCUAAUAGUGCAGUUCUUUGCAUAUUUACUUAGCAGUUAAGUACCACUGUUUUCAAAGGAACUUUCUUCCAAGUAAAUACAGACAGGACUGCAACAUUUGUUCCAAAUACAUGUGUUUUGUACUUUCAUUGUUCAGUUGCCAUGCUGCAAUAUUGAGUGCUCCUGUUCUUUAGUGCUAUGGCCCUGGAUCCAAUACAUACAUUAAUUUGCAUGUAAUUGCUCUCCCCUUUUGUGUUGUUUCUAGUCAUUGUGCAUACUUAGUUUUGUGUUUCUCCAUUGUGUUUGGUCAGUCAUUGCCAACUAACUUUAUUUUAAAUUGUCUAGAAACAUAUAGCUCAUGGCCUGAUCCCUGCAGCUACCAUAGCACCUAAAGCUGCCGUUCCCCGCACCCCUCCCCCUCGUAGUCCAAACCCUUCUCCAGAAAGGCCCAGGUAGGUCUUAAUGUUUUUCAUCUCUUGAUUACCAGUCAUUGCAUAGAAUAUAUAUAGAUAUAUAUUUAAAAUGCAUGCCUCUUUCUUGCUUGCAGCUAUAACAUAAACCUAAUACAUUCCAUUAAUAUGUAGGGUUGCAGCUUUGAAGUCAUUAACCAUUUGAACAUGUUAAUUAUAAAUUAAUUUUAAAUUGGUAAUGAGGAUGGCUAAAAAAAAAAUCUGAUGAGUGACAAAAAAGCAACAAUCAGAACAGGCCAAUUAGCAGCACAAAUAUAUGACUUUUUUUAAAAAAACCUCUCCUUCCUUCCUUUGCAAGAACACUGGUGUGCUUGUAUUGAUCACAGUGGAAAUGGUUGAAGAUCAUUCCCCAGUACUAUAAUAAAGACUGCAGCUUUGUUUUCUAUUACAUUAGAAGGGGUCAAACAACACCCCUCACUCAUUGAAAGAAUGUGUGAGGGGACUGUGCAGAUUACAGUUGGAUUAAGUGAUUAAAAAUAAUCGACAAAGUGCUGCUGAUCAAUCAGGCCAUCAAUGGAGAUAUAUAUUCUCUCUCACACAUGAGAAAUACAUGUGUGCAUUUGCUAAAAACAUAGAAAGUUUGCUUCUUGCUUUAGAAAUAUUGUUUUACAUGCAAAUUUAAUUGAUAAAUUGUGGGACUAAGUUAAAAUUUCUUAAUCACGUUGCAGCCCUAUAUAAAAUUACAUUUAACAUCAGUGUUUGCAAGAGAUCACUUACAAAGAUUAUUAUUGUUUAUCUGACACAUAACAGUAAUGAAAUGCUUCUGUUUUUAAAAUUAUUUUAGCUCAGAAAAAUGGACUAAUGUAAAAUACAAUCCUUUAAAAACAUUAUUAACCUUUUGUUUUGACUUUUAAAAGAAUCACUGUUUCUUCAUUUUGCUUUCUGAUUAUUUUUUAAUCUCACCUUUCUUCCUCCCUUUUUUACCUUUUCAAAAUCACACUCACAACACAGCAGCAUCUUUGGGCAAAUUUAUACAAUUAGGGCUGAAAGUAAGUCCUGUUGAGUUCAGUAAGACUUAUUUCUGAGUAGGCAUGUAGGAGAAUCAAGUGGUGGUGGAGCUUUUCUUGGACUGUAAUCCUUCAGACACAGGUUUCAUGCUUGAAUGGUCUUCAACAUAAAAAAGCAAUCCUUUCAUUCACAAAGAAAAUUGUGAGCCAGUAUUCAGAUACACAGCAUCCUGCUUGCAGGGUGAAGUGGUACAGUCCAGAAAAGGCUUAAGAGGUUCCUUUUGUUCACAUUUUGAUCUUCAAGGUAAGGAAAGAAAAAAAAAAGGUGAGGAGAUGGCCUGAUCCUGUGAUUUAGUGCCCCACAGAUGCACAAGCAUAGCUUGCUGAAAAAACUAGCCAGUAUGUGCAAGGCUCCUUUCUUCCCAUAGUUGAUAAGAGGGAGGCACGUGAUACUACCUUGAAGGCUUAAUUCGGUCCACAUCUGAUUGCAAAAUAGGGGUUUACGUUUUAAGCUCCUAAUAAUUCAAGGUAUGUUACCAAAAAUGGAAAGGAAAGGUGGCAGUUUGCCCACUCCACCAUCUUUAUUUUGCAGCUUCUGUUGCUUAUACGCAAUAACAUUUAGGUUAUUCCUGUCAGAAAUGAGAUAAAAUGUUCUAAGCCAUUGUAAACGCUUCACCAUGUAUUUAUUUUUAUUUUCCAGAUCCGCUCUGGCCGCAGCUAUUCUUGUGACAACCCUAACUGGACGGACCAUUGCCAUCCCUCAGCCACGUCAACGAUCUCUUUCUGAGAGUGAUGCCAGUUACUUGCAAGAUCAAGAAAAUUAUAUUGAGCCAUAUGCCACAGUCACUGAGCUGCGAAUGCGGUAGGAUAUAAUGCAUGUAUUGAUGAGAACUGUUGGAAAAGUUGUAAUAGAACUUUUAUUUCCUCUGGUUAAAGAGUCCAAGAUUUUAUAGUCCACUGCAGACAUACCGUAUUUUUCGCCCUAUAGGACGCACCUAGUUUUUUUGGGGGGAAAUAAAGGGAAAAAAAUUUAUUCCCCCACCCCAGCCGCGGAUAUCUGCCCGAAGCGCGGGGCGCUCUGCUUCAGCGCGCUCCGCGCUACGGGCAAGCAGGCUGCUAUCCGCAGCCUAGGGAGCCCUGCGGGAACUCCCGCGGGCUCCCCAGGCUUGCUGAUAGCUUCCUGAAGCCUGGAGAGUGAGAGGGGUCGGUGCGCACUGACCCCUCUCGCUCUCCACGCUUCAGCGAAAGCCUGCAUUCACCCCAUAGGAUGCACACAGAUUUCCCCUUCAUUUUUGGAGGGGAAAAAGUGCGUCCUAUAGGGCGAAAAAUACGGUAAUAAGAAACAUGAAUGUGCCUGUGAGUGUUGGAUUCUCACCCUCUCCUUUAUCUCUCUUGCUUUCCGAGGAAGAAAAUAGAAAGCAUCUGUUUUCCAUUUGUGAUUUGUUUAAGCUAUGGUUUGAGAACAAGCUAGGAUCUGAAACCAUGGUUUAAACAAAUGAGUUUGUUUACAGUUGGGACAUCUUAUGGAAUUGUGGGUAAUUUAAAAUCCAAAUCAGAUGCUUUUGAUCUUCAGGACAUGAGAAGAAGGGUAUGGAAAUCACACAUACCCAGGACUCAUGAAAUCAUAGAAUUGUAGAGUAGGAAGGGACCCCAAGGGUUUGGAGACUUGAGAGGGUAUGCGACUCAUAUCCCUUAAUGCAUUUUCUGCCUGCAGUCACAACUGGAAGAGCAAUGGUGAUGACAGGAGCAUUGGGCAGUCUUUGGAAGUAUCAGGCAGUUGUUGUGAGGAUGAGGACAUGGAUACGUACCCUUCAGACACAGAAAAGGAACCAGAUCCAAACUAUCAGGUUAUUGAUAAAAAAAUAAACAUUAGCAGCGAGACUGGCUAUGCUAUUCCACACAAAAUUAAACAGGUAAGCAUUGGAGUGUCUGCUUCUGCCAGCUCUCUGAAUACAGUUGCAAAAAUAAUAAAUUCUUUUAAUCACAUUUGCAAAUGUUAUGUUGUUAUCAGUUCCUUUAUUGUUACAUGUAUAAUUGACAGUGAUACCAUUUUCCUUCGCACUGUAUGUGUUUCCUGAUCCCAGCUGUUUAUCUUUCACUUAAAGCUAGACAGUUUCCAAUUGUUGGUACCAACUUGUUGGUAAUUAAAAAUGGUAUUGUGGCUGAAGCAGCCCUUUGUAUGGAUGCCUGGAGCUAUUCCUUCAUCAAAUAGUUCCCAAAUGAUCUUGGGAGGAUAAGUGUAAUGGAGUUUUUAGCAGCAGAAUUUAUGAGCAGACUGUGCAUCAUACUUGGUAUUCAAACUCCAGGAAGCUGUUCACUUUUGCAGCCAGACCGGCUGAAAUAUCUGCUCAGCACUCAUUGUUUUACUUGGUUGUAAAAGCUAUUUUUGAAACUAGUCUGGCAAGACCAUUUCUACAAAAUAAUGAAAGCUGUGAUGCCACAGUAAGGAGACAGGCGCUAUGGUUCAUAAAACAAUAUCAAUAAAAGUCUCUGCCUCAGAUUCCCAUUGAUUUUCCCCUCCUUUGUGGUGUCAGUUUGUAUUGCUUGCAUCUGAGGGAGCAAACCGCUUAACAGUCUAUCGUUCCAGCAGGUUAGAGUGUUGUACCAAAUGAAAUUAAAAAUUUAAUGGAUGGAAAAGCAUUGGAGUGGAAAGAAAAAAGGGUGGGGAGGGGGAACUUUCAAGAAAACAGUGUUUGUGUAAGGAGGCAGAAAAUGUCCUUAGGUGAGGCAGAGAAAAGCAGAAAGGCCAACAGUUUUGAAAUCUUUCACUGUACAUUAGUCCCCCAGCAAUAAAUAAGAAGACUUUGAGAUAAAGUUCAGGAGUACACACUAAAGGAUGAGUGACAUGUUCAGAAAAACAUUGUGACUCAACCCUUCUGACUCUCUCCCACUUCAAAGUGCAGGUGGCAACUAGAUGCUUCCCUGAAUGCAGAAAGCUAACAGGGCAGAGCAGAAGGUUCUAGGAUGGCCUUAUCUCUGACAGGGUGGCUCCCUAUGCUCAUAGAGAUUUUGAUAUGAAGUAGUGUCCCCCGCUCUGUAUUCUGAAGUGAUUUAAUUCGGCUCAGCAAGGCUGGGUCUCAUACUGUUUCCUGCUACAAUUUCCCAUGCUUUAUUUAUAUGAAAUGGAUAAGUGCUUCCUUUGGCCGGGUCAGUGGAUUAAUCAGAUUAACUAAAAAGGGUCACCUAGUUAAAAUGAGCAGCAUACUGACACAUAUUUUUAUGAUAAGUACUUGUUAAGAACUGCAGGUGGCAUCUUAGGAGAGGCUUUCCUCCUUUUUCAUGGGGAAGGCAGUGGGACUUGUCAAAUGAGGCCCGCUGUGGAACAUGAUUUCAACAGCAGUUGCCCUGCAUCUCCCUGGAUUGCAUUUCAGGUGACAAACAGGUUCUCCUUCAUUAGUGAGGCACAUGUGUUUUGACAGUCGGGGGUUCUGCACGAGGGGCAGAAGCCAGAUUAGUGGAGAUUAGCCAGAGUGGAGAUUAGGUUUCAUUGAUACUAGGUACAGUUUCCCAUUUAUCAGGAAACAUGCUGUGAGAAAGAUUGUUUUUAGGCAGAUAGAUUUAGACAAAGUACCAUUUCUUCAAAAUGAUUAGCGUAUCUGCAAGUUUACAUAGAUUACAUCAGUUAGUAAAAAUAAACAACUCGGAUUGCUUUAACCACAUGACAUACUUAACAUGGUCUUGGUGUCUGUUUUGUCCUAGCAUGAACAAGAGACAGAAGCCAUGCUAGGCAAUGCAGCCUGUGUGCAACUUUGCCGGUGGGAUUACUUAUUAAAAAGAGCCCUCCCAUGACUUUUAUAUGCUCUGACUGUGCCAAAGGCAAAAAUAACCCCAUAACACUAGUUGAAAAAAUACGAAUAACUUCUUUGCACACCUAAACUGCAAGCCCUCCCUCCCAGCUGCUUGAAGCCUCAAACUUCGGAAAGCAGGGGUAACCUUGAAAAUUUAUUGUGUGCAGUUGUAAAAUGCAUACACGACUUUUUGCAUACUUGCAAGUAACAUGAAUCUCCCCUUCUACUGAGGCAUUUCCCUCUUUGAUCUUCUUAUAGGCAAUUUUCUUGUAGAGAAAGGAUAUUCAACUGUAGACUUUGCAACAUCAAAGCCUUAUUACCUCUCAGCUGCUCCCAGAGGACUGGAUAAAAUCUGGCUGCAGGCUGCUUCUAGUCAAUGGGUCAGGGGUCCCCACUUCACUAGGGAAAGCAUCCUGGUCCUUCCAGAUGGUGGCAGUUUCAGGCAAUGCUAGACUGUCCCCAUAUGAGUGAAAAAGAAAAGUAGCUGGUGAGGGUUGAUAGUAAUUUCAGUGAGUAGAAUAUGUUCAUGUAGCAAACAUGCAGGUUGUGCAUAAGAUGGACUGUGGAUUUAUAAAUUGUAUUGCAACAUUUUUACUUAGGAAAAUCCCCCAGUAUCUUCUAGUGUUGAUGGUGAAGAUGAUUCUUUUCUCUGUGAACCUACUUGCCUCAUUCGUCCAAAUGUUCAGGUGGAAGGUAAUGUCACUUUUCUGCUUUGAGAUGAAACGAUGGAAAACAUCACUUCAAAAAAUUAUCAGGGUAGUUCAUGUUCCAAAAGCAUUACUGAACAAGUGCAACUUGCAUCAAAAUGCUGUAGCAUUUCCCCACAUGUAUGAGGAGUGGGCCUGUUCAGGGUACUAUCCAACUCAGAAGAGGAGCCUUAUACUGUUCAGGACUCUGGUUGGAUGGAGUGAAGAGAGUUUCAGGAGCCAGAAAGGGAUAAAGGACACCUUCUUAAAUAUUCUCCCUCUGCCUUGCUCCCAGGUUUCUCUUACUGUGCUUUAUAACUCUAAUGGGUUACUAACCCCAAACCUGCACAUUUUGUAGCUCUGUAAUGGCAACACACCCACCGCAGGACAAAAACAGGGAAAUCCAGUGCUGUUUUCUUUCCACUUCUUCUGAAACAUCCCUGCAUAUAGUAUAUGAAGGGACUUUUUUAAUCCCAGGGGUCAUCUCCUGAACCCUAAGACCAUCUCACCUCCAGGAUCCUUAUUGUAAGCCAUAAGGUCAAUUCCUUCUCUUCCUCUGCACUCCAUUUUCCUCCCCCUGCAAUGGAUUCUCUAUCAUUCCAUAUUUUGGCUGCUUUCAACUCUUACUUUGAUACCUCAGUAUCCAAGGGGCAUAACCAUAUUACACCAUGAAUUGCCUCUUCUCCAGCCCUCCUGAAAAUAAAAGUUGGUUUCUAAAUUAACAAGUAGAAUGAUGGAUGAGGCAUACAAAAGGUCUCGCAUCUCUCAGCCAAACGGUAAUAUGAUGAAAAAGGAUGGUUGUACUUCUGUAACCCCAGAAAAAAAUUAAUAAAAACAAUUUAGAAAAGAGGGAAAUGGUAGAAUCUUGUGAUUCAGUGAUGAGAAUUUUUAAAAAUCUGAUCAACUGUAGUUCUCCUUUUCUGUUUUGAACUUCUUCAUAUUUAUUACCUUCUGUCUUGUAUUACAGAAAUUGAACCCUCUGGAGUGAGUUUUCAGGUAGGAUUCAUAUCAAGAUGCUUAAGUGCAUUUAAGGAUCUUUCUGCCUUGUCUAUUUAUUUUCAUCCUACCCUCUUCCAGGAAGCUUGGGGCAGCAUACCUGACUCUACCUCCCUCACAACCACACUGCAGUUUAGGUCAGUUUGGGGGUUGGUCACUGGCAAGUGGAUAUUUGAAUCUGGGCAUUUGCAGUCCUACCCUGACAAUAUGGAUGCAACUAACUUUGGCAGGAAAUAUCCAGAAAGCGACAAAGAAUGAUAAGUUUAAAGAAGGUUUAAAGAAUAACUCUUUCAUAGCAAUUUACAAGCUAAAGUUAUCUUUUUUCUUUCCAAAUGCUGUCUAUUACUUGUAAUUUUCUUCCACUGCUCUUUAAUAAAAUUGAAAUUGUAACUGCAGGAAAUUGGUUUUUAAAUGUUUAGUCUAUUUUCUAUUCUUUCUGCAGUCCUUGGGGUUUUUAUUAAAAAAAGAAUAGAAGGGUUCUAACAAGAAAUGAGAUCAAAUUAUUUUGUUUCCCUGCUAGGUAGAAAAAAGCAUAACUGAAAAUACACUGAAUGAAAAGCCUCCACUGACUCCAGGUAUUUAACUCUGGUUUGUUGUUGUUUUAGGUUGGUAUAAAUGGGUUGUGUUGGAUUCUCUAUAAGCUGCGAGGAGGAGUUUGGAGCUUUUGCUGCUGUCUUAGAUUAACUGCAGCUUUCCUAUCACUUGAUCCCAGACAAACCAUAGUUUAUGAUGCUCGCUUGUUUUCACUAACUGGUUAAGAUUAACCAUUGUUUGUCUGGGUUAGGACAUAAUGCUAAAACUGUGGUUAAUCUGAAGAGGAAGCUUCCGAGUUCCUCAUGGCUAUGCCAUGAAAGUGGGGGAGAUUGUGUGCCAAAGGCAAUUUGUGGCUUAUCCUUUUAACACUAAACCAUUAAUAUUAUGUUCAAACUUCUACUAUAUAUUUCCAUAGCAAAGGAUAACACCUUGCUUCAUGUGAAAUUCUCAUGUCUUAUUUUCCAGCAGGAAUCAUGAUAGUUCUAAAUUUAGAAAAAAAUUAAUUUUUCUUUCAUGGCAUGUUUUCUGAUAACUGAAGAGCUUGAUUUUAUAGAAAGCAAAUCUCCACUUUGGGCUUUUCCUGCUGACAAAAACCUCUGAUUCUUCAUGCCAACCCACUGUGUAAUAUCCCAUCAAAUUACAGUGGUACCUCAGGUUACAUACGCUUCAGGUUACAAACUCCGCUAACCCAGAAAUAGUGCUUCAGGUUAAGAACUUUGCUUCAGGAUGAGAACAGAAAUCGUGCUCCGGCGGCAGCAGGAGGCCCCAUUAGCUAAAGUGGUGCUUCAGGCUAAGAACAGUUUCAGGUUAAGAACGGACCUCCAGAACGAAUUACAGUGGUGCCCCGCAAGACGAAUGCCUCGCAAGACGGAAAAACCGCUAGACGAAAGGGUUUUCCGUUUUGAAGUUGCUUCGCAGGACGAAUUCCCCUAUGGGCUUGCUUCGCAAGACGAAAAUACCUUGUGAGUCUAGAAUUUUUUUUUUUGCUUUUCCCCCCCUUUAUCUAAUCUGCUAAACCUUUAAUAGCCUUUAAUAGCCUUUUAGCAGCUAAUCCCCUAAGCCUUUAAGCCUUUAAUAGCCGCUAAACAGCUGAUAGCGCUAAUAGCGCUAAUCCGUCAAUGGGCUUGCUUCGCAAGACGAAAAAACCGCUAGACGAAGACUCUUGCGGAACGGAUUAAUUUCGUCUUGCGAGGCACCACUGUAAGUACUUAACCCGAGGUACCACUGUACAGGGUAUGCUUUGGUGGGAUGGGGGGAAGUAGUACUUCUGCAGAAGGGCCAGCCUCUUUGUGACUUUAAAAUAUCAGAGGAGGUGCAGGAUUGUGGCUGACUUAAGAUUUUUUUAAAGUUAAUUUAAUAAACAUGGCUUUUCCCUGGGAAAACAAUUCUACAAUUAAUAUUUUGUUAGCCUUCAGUUCACUGGACUAAAGGUUUCAAAAAUAUUAAUGUACUUUCUUACGUUUGUGCUUUACUGUUGAAACAUAUACCUGCCCAAACUCAGAAUCACCUUCAGACUUCCUUUUUUUUUUUUUGGUAUCUCCGCUGAUGAGGGUAAGGCAGUUGACUACUAAGAGGAGGGUUUUUUCAGAGCUGAUGCUUCAGUUGUAGAAUGCCCUCAACUGUCACCUUUGUUGUGGUCUUUUAGGCUUUCCAGUUUCAAAAACAUGCUUGAGUGCUUCUUAGACCUUGGUCUCUACUAGUUUGUUCCGAUGUUGUUUUCACUGGUGUCUGGUUUUAUGUUCAAGUUGUAUAGUUUAUUGGAGUGUUUUAUUUUUAAAUUACACUGUUCAGAGUAAACACAGCUACCUAUUUGGGAUUUUUUUUCUCCUGCAGUCGUAAGCAAAAUGGAAGCUGAAAUGUUUAGGAUAAUAAUGAUCUGGGGAGAUCUUUAAUUUGUAAAUCAGCAUUCACUUUGAAAUGAAUGGCUCUUAUUUCCAUGGUGCCUCCUUCUGUAUAAAUGAGUUUAGGACUGCAGCCUGUGCUUGAGUGGCUUAGGUUUUUUGUGUGACUAAUGAGUAUUCUUUUCCAUUUAAGUCUGCAGAAUGCAGGGACCGAUGGCCCUCCCUAGAGAAAAGUUCCAGAAACUGAAAGAAGAAAAUUGGCAUUUGAACAAUGCAAAUCAGGCCCUGCUUUCUGAACUUGAGGCAACAAAGCAGCAAAUGAAGAAGCUCCAGUUAGAAAUUAAGAAACUAGAAAAAGAAAAUAGAAGAUUUAAAGAAACUGCACCAAAUUCAUGCAGUGAAGGUAGGAGUGACUUUGUUGUUUGUAUGUGUUUAGGAGAAUAAUACUGUACUUCUCAUUUUUCAUCUCCUGGAAUAGUCUUGAACUAUUCCCUCUGCAUUUGUUGUUAUUUAAUAUAUCCCAACACAAAAUUGAAAUAACUUUUGAAGGCUGACAACAUAUAAUUUACUUGAUUUUCAAAUAGUAUAUUAUUUAAGUAAUUAUUGAAGUUUAAAAUGAGGUAUAUGAUAUCACAGUAUCAAAGUACAGUGGUACCUUGGUUGUCAAACUUAAUCCAUUCCGGGAGUCCGUUCGACUCCUGGAACUGUUCGAAAACCAAGGCGUGGCUUCCGAUUGGCUGCAGGAGCUUCUUUCACUCAAUUGGAAGCUGUGGAAGCCACGCCGGACGUUCAGCUUCCAAAGAACAUUCGAAAACAGGAACACUUACUUCUGGGUUUUUGGUGUUCGGGAGCCAAAACGUACAACUACCAAGGCGUUCGAGAACUAAGGUACAACUAUAUUGGAAAAAGCAUUUAAUCCUCAGUCAUGUAAAAAUGGCUAGUUAAGUAUUGACUACUUGAAUGCACAUGUUACAAAAGUAUAAGCUAGCAGGCUUUUUUUAAUCUAGGGAUCCAUAACCUGAUUAACAGGAAAGUUAUAAAAUUUGUCCUAAAGUGUCUAGUCCCACACAUGUAUAUUCAGCUGUACACAUGUAUAUUAUAUAUACAUGCAAGAUUUCGAGCAUAGGCUGGAAGGGCCUUGUUCUUGCCUUGUGGAAUUUAACCACCAGGCAGCUCCUCUGUUCUUUCUGGCUUCACAGUGCAUGCUGAACUUCUCAUGUGCCUGCUGUAGGUGGGUGGGGUGGACUUUCUUUUCAUCCCGCAGCAAGAGCCCUCAGCUGGUUCCCUUCCCUGUAGAUUUUGCUGAAAGUGUUCUUGAUAUUCAGAUGCACACAGAUCUGACCUGUGAAGCAAGUCUUUGCAGGACAGGACCCUUGGAAGCAUAUGAUGAAAGAUCAAGGAAGUUUAUUUGGGUUGGCAGUGAUCCUAUUCUAUGCUAAAGAAAGAUAUGAAGGAAACAUCCUUGUAAAAAUAGAAACAUAGCCAUCAAGUGUUAUUUAUAAUGGAUAUGGCUUUGUACUGUGUUACAUUUGCUUCUGAGGUUUAGUACAGUAAGCCCACAACUUAGGUUCUGGAGAUUGCACCUAAAGACAGAAUUGUGUAUUGUCAAAACCCAUUGGGUUCAGUGAUGGGUGGCAUUAACAAAGUCAUUUUCCCUAGAAACUUGCUCCCUUUUCACCUUUUUAUUUUAUUUUUAUUUUUAUUGACACAUUUAAAGCUGAAUGUGCACAGGUUAAAUGCAUGUAAGUGUAUAUUUAUAUUGCAGAAAUGUUAAAUUAAAAGGUUGUUUUUUAAAAAAACAAUCAAAACAUAGUGUUUUAAAGGUGUUUGUGUGUGUUUCUAUUAAAUUUAUUAGGCUUGUAGGAGUCUGCAUCAAACAUAGCAAACUGCAUUAUACUAAAAAAGGCUCCUAGGCCAUCUCACCAAACUUUGUCCACUCUCACUGGCAGAGGGUCUCCAAGGUCUCGAAUAGAGGUCUUGACUUCCACAUCAAAUCCACAAUUGAUCUGGGAAACGUCUGCAGUCAAAGUAUGCUUUAUAAUUACAUAAUCUUGUGCAAUUAUAACACCUUUAGAAGCUAUAGCAUCCAGAAUUCCUAUUUCAUUUAGGAGAUGUUUGCAGUGCUUUUUUUCUAGAAAAAUAGGUGCCGGUACUCACCAGGAAGUUGUUACAGUAAGUGCUACACUUUUUAACAACAACAAAAAGAGGUGUCGGUACUGUGUACCCUCUGAAAAAAAGCACUGGAUGUUUGGAUAAUCAGCAAGAUUUUCUAUAAUUGCAAUGCACUUUAAUGUUUUACAAUUUUCUGUUAUGCAGAGGAACUUGCAGAAUUGAUUUUAUUAAGACAACAGGCCCAGGAACUGGUGGAUGAAAAUGACAGUCUGAAAAUGACUGUUCAUCGUCUAAAUGCAGAAUUGAGUCGCUACCAGGCUAAAUACAGACCAAUUUCACCAAAUGAGGUAAUGUUUUCUAUUAAGCUUCUUAGGAAGAAAAGAAUAGCACUGUUCCAACAUUGGUGACUGUGAGCUUUUCCUCAUUUGUUACAGUAGCAAUAUAAGCAUCUUUACCAGGGAGUGUCCCAGUUGUGCUAAACCAUAGUAUAGCAUGAGGAGAAUUAGCCUAGGUGGGACUUGCACUUGUGCACUUCCUGCUUCUGAGUACAACGUGAGGUGAAGUUCAGAACUUUUCACUUCCAUAUUUGAUUAACCAUAAUUUGCCAUGUCAGUGCAACUUGACAAAGUGGCUUGUUGCAACUAUUGGGGUUUUUUUUAACAAGUAAAUGUCAAACUGUUUUGGAAGCACCAUGUUCAAUUUUUGCAUCCAUUUGCAGGAUGAACAAAAAUAAAUAUUUUUCUUUUAAAAAAACCUCUGAUACAAAAUGUUACAGAUCCGAAUAUUAAUGUGUAACUUACGUUUUUCUUAUUUUAGAGUCUAAAAAUUGGAAGCCUGCCAAUGAAAAAACCGAUACCUCCAUGGCUGGUAUGUAGCAAACCACUAUUUCUUAGUUUCAGUAGUUUAGUGCUAGAUACUUCAAAAGUGUGUAGAACAAUUUUAUUUCUUGUUUCCUUGGUGACAUGAGAACAAUCUAUAGUUGUAAUAUGACUGCAGUUCCCAGACACCUUAUUUCACUUUUAUGUUCCAUUGAAUAAAAACUGAUGGUACUCAGUGAGUUAGAAUAAGUCUAGUCAUGUCUACUUAGAAGUAAGCCUGUUGAAUUCAUCAGGACUUACUUCCAGGUAAGUGGGAUUAGGAUGGCACCUUAUUUUAUUCUAUUUUUUUAAUAUAUUUUUUUAAGAUAAAUUUUUAUUAAGUUUUACACAAAUAUCGCCAAAUAAACAAUUUCCCACGUAACAUAUUUUCAUCUUUUGGACUUCCCUCAGCUUCACUGACAAUCAUCCGUGUUUGAAUUUUUCCUACGCAUUCCCCAAAUUUAGUAUCACCUUUUAAAAUACCUUUACAAACAUGUUUACAUUCUUGCAAUAUUCCUUAUUUUUUCACAAAGCUUCUUUAAAACCCACUAGCGUUGUUUGCUCAUCACAUACACUCUUCAAAUACUCUGAAAAUUUCCCCCAGUCCUCAAUGAACUUGUGAUCUCGUUGAUAUCUUAUUUUUCCCGUUAGUUUGUCCAGUUCUGCAUAUAUUUUAUUCUAAUAGUCAGCAUUAAGCAUCAGGUCAUCAGUGUUUAUUAAAGGAAUUUUUGAUGGCUGUUUGAAGGUGAUGUCACUUACUUAUUUAUUACAUUUUUGUCAUCUCCUCCCCCUUUUCCAAAGGAGUGCAAGCCCUUGAAAGAGUCCGGAUCAUCACCAUCAAUAUUAUGUUUAUUUAUAUUUACACAUAUUAAAAAACACAGAGAUAAAAUACAAAAAGCUAAAAAAUAUUUUAAAAAUAUAAAAAAAGUAAUUUAACGCUAAUAGGUUUUUUUUAAUAUUGUUCUGAUUCUUUUAAAAUAGAGAUGAUUAAAAACAGCACAGCACUAUUAAAAACCUUUUCCUUAAAAAAACAGCAACCCCAGUCUGUUCCCAAAGGCCUGGAAUAAGACAGUCUUCAUUUCUUUUUCCAGUUGAGACUGGGGUGCGGGGGGCUGGAUUGAAGUAGUUGGCCUGGUUGCUUAAUUAUUUUCGUCCUGCUUCUGCUUGCAAGAAUCCUAGCUCAGUUGCUAUGUACCAGGAUCAUGUUGUAAUCCCGUGAAAGUAUCUGCACAGGGGCCUCGGAGUGAUCCGCUAUCAUAGGCUAUAACACCUGACGGCCUUCCCUGGAAACAAUAUAAAAUUAAAUGUUCUGAUCUCCUCUCUCCUUUUACCCACAGUGGAGGGGAGUGUUCUCCUAGGAGUUGUUCCUCCCACCCCCUCCAUUAGGCAGGCUUUGCAAAACAGCCUUGUGUGCUUCCCGCUAUGAGGCCAGGAGGCCCUCCCACUUCCGUUUAUGCUUUGCUCCAAGGAUCCAGGCUGUGGUGAAGCUUUGGAGCAGGCUGGCUUCCCCACCAUCCCUGGAUUAGGUAGAGUCGAAAGGGAGCUGAAAUAUAUUUGUUUUUUAUUGCAGAGAAGAAGCUGUGUUCGGAUUGCCCCCCUCCCUACUUUUUAACUAGUUCUGGCCCUGUGCCUUAGUAGCAGCCCUACACACAUACAUUUAACAGCUGAAAGCUUUCCUCCAACGUCUCGCCAUACCAUUAUUCUUAUUCUUAUUCUUAUUACUAUUACUAUUAUUCAGCUGUUACAUUUUUGUGGCUUUGUCACACACUGUUGCAGGCAUUACCAAUGUUAAAUGGAUUUCUAGCCUGCUUCUCAGGGUGCAUACUCUCCCAAUAAAAUCCAAGAUUUAAAUUAACAGUAAAAGAAGUUAACAGAAGUGUGGUUCUUCAAUAUACAUAACAAUAAAAUAAUUUAGAUGCAGGUCAGAUUUAAGAAAAGUUUUCCCGAAGGCCAAGCAAAAGGGGGCCAUACAAAUUUCUUUGGCGAGGGCAUUCCAGAGAUAUGGUAAAAAGAAAUGUGUUUUCCUGUGAAACUGUUUACAUGGGCUGGAGUAGAGGGUGCCUGAUUUUUUUCUAUGCAGACGUGAUCAUAUGUGUAGGAGGGUUUCCAUAUGUAACAUAGCCCUAAGCCAACAUGUUGUCUCUCAGCAACCACAGGCUGUCACUCAUAAAGCUCUCUGUUCCUUGUCCUUCUGAGCACUGCAAAGUGCAACCCAAGACUGCAGCCAUCUGCCACUCUCAUUUUCCCUCAAAGCACCAGCAAAUCAUAGGCGACCUCCAAGUCCUCAGGUGUAUUUAAUGACUGGAUGGUAGUUUUGGUGUCAUCCUGUGUAAAAAUCACAAAGAACCAGGGUUUUGUGCCUUGGUGGCAGAAUAUUUCUGCAUCUGCUGUGGCUUUUAGUGUGCACUCUAUAGAUAUCAGUAUAAGCUGUAACUUGGUUGUUUAGGGCAGGCAUGUCCAAAUCCCAAGAGACUGCGAUCUACUCCCACUAUAAAAAGACUGGCAGUGAUCUACCCAUUGGAUUGAUCAAAGUUGUUGAGCUUUUUUUGGGGAGGGAGACUCAAAGUUGUUGAGCUUCUUUAUUGAGGGCGAGGAUCAAUCAGGAGCAUGCGAUCAACCAGGUAGAUCGCGAGCGACCGGUUGGACAUACCUGGUUUAGCGGAAUACUGUGUGCAAAAAUUUGACAGAAUUAUUGAACUUAAAAGAUUCACUAUUUCAGACAGGAAUUAUUUUCUGCAGGGAUACUUAUGUAAAUACUACAGAUAAUUGAAUUUUAAAAGUUUGUGGCCAUAACUUGCUUUGCUUUGUGGAGGCUUGUUUUAAAAUAGGAUGCUAAAUGGAUUUCUUAGCAAGGUCUCUAACAAGCAAACCGAUGGAUGCUUCAGUACUUUGCGUAACUGGCAACGGGUGACCAUUUCACCUCUGUUUAUUUGCAGCUAGCCUUUUCCAGCUGGCACAAAAUUAUUUUCCACCCUCUCUACUUCCUCCUGUUAUUAUCUGCUUAUUAUUUAGCCUUUAGUUAAUGUAGUUUUGACCAAACUGCGGGAGGCAGUGGAAGACAGAAGUGCCUGGCGUGCUCUGGUCCAUGGGGUCACGAAGAGUCGGACACGACUAAACGACUAAACAACAACAAAGUUAAUGUAGUAUUGGGGGCAGGGGGGAGAGAGAGAUUGUUAACCUUUUCUUCUGCUAUCUUGAUUCACCCACUGGAUUUACCCAGGCAGUAGCUGAUCAAAGAGUCAUUACAUGGAUAUUUUUGAAUUAUAUAGUUUUGAGAUGCAUGUGAGUGAAUUGAAAUGACAUUUCUUUCCCCUUAGCUGGAUAUGAAAUAUUUAUCUCCCCUUCUAUUGGCAUAUGAAGACAGAAUGAAGGAAAAGGAAGACCUGAUUCUUGCGCAUGAGGCAAGCUGGCAAAUUAAUUUCUUUACAGAUGUUUAAGCUGUAUAGAAUAUCAAGAAAAAUAUGCUUCUAUAAUGCUGUGCAUGUCAUUUAACUGUAAAGAGUACUCAGCGAUACUUUGGAAUGUACAUCCUCAGGGUACAUAAUGGAAUCUCCCUUCUAGUAAGACUCCCUGUCCUCCAUCUCCUUAGACUCCAUGGGUUGCCCACAUAGCAGACCUUGUGCCCACAAGCAGAAGAUGGGGACGUAAACAUGUGCCUGGACUGAAUCGCUUCAGCCUGCAGAUGAGAGCUCACAUCCCAUGAUGGAAUGCUUUCUGCUGAAGCAAUACAAAGCUAUAAUGUCACAAAAAAGACUAGGCGAGAACCCUUCUCCUAGACAAUCUGCUAUUUAUGUGGAAGGAAGUUUGUUUUCUCUGGUGGAGCAUUAUAUCGUAUGAGCUUCCACAGGUUUACACAUCACUUGCUGUUUGGGAGCACUAGAGCUUAGUAAGUUGAGCCUUUGAUAUAUGGGGCCUGUUCCAUAACCUCUGCUAAAGGCCUCUUCACGUGUUACAUUUUAGGUGUAUUAUAUUUUAGGUGUACACCUGAGGUUUCUCAGAUGUACAUUUAAAAAUGUCAAUGUGCCAGUCAAGUUUAUGCCUGUCUGAAACUUGGGAUUGUUUGUAGGUAACUGGCAGGCAUACUGACUGGGAAACACACAUUUGUGACUGUAAAAUGUAGAUGUUUCUUAAUUCAGAGCAACUGGUGUGAAUUCAUAUCUCUACAAAUCCUUAUCAUGAGUGUAGGUAUUUUGAUCAGCUGUUUGAUAAUUUGCAUGAACAAAUAAUAGAUAAUUAGCACGUGCAAAUAUUAUUGAGAGGGAAAACAUGAAAUAACAUGAAGGUAAAACAGGUCGUGAAUAUUUUGUAUGUUCUUUUAGGAGGACAUGAAGAUCUUUAAAGAACGAGUUGAAGAGGUAGUGAAGGAAAAUGAACAGUUACACCAGCAACUAAGUAAAAAUAGUACUGUGACCACCAAAGAAUGGCAAGUGUGUUGUCUCUAAAACUAUUGUGUUAUUCUUUUGUAAAAAAUACUUAUGAUAGGCUUGAAUUAUAGUAAAAAAAUACUUAUGAUAAACUUGUUGUGGAAGAGGGGAUUAUUGAUUUGUUUUUGUUCUUAUUUUUAUUAUGUAUUUUGUGUUCAUUUUAAUCUGUUCUCCAUACUUUAUAGGGGUUUUUUUGCUAUGUUGGUCCUUUCCUCUUUCAUACAUCAUUUUAUGCGUUAUUUUUAUUCUUAUUCUCCCUUUUUGCAUGUUUUUCUUGACAAGACAGCUUUUUUGAUGUAUAACAGUUUUGGCUACUAAGUAUAAUAAUAUAAUAGCAAUAUAAUUAUAAAUUUUAAGCAAAAUACACAUUUUUAAAAUACAACUUUCUAUGUGUAUUUUCAAAAAGUUUUUACAAGCAUAAACUUUUUUCUUCAGAAGAACACUAUUAUCUCUGAGUAGUUAUCUCUCAUCAAUCCAAUGCAUGGCAUGUAUAUGUGUGUACUAUGUAGCAGAAGACAAACUUCAUGAAUAUGAAACAGGAAGCUCCACACUCAGCUGGUGCUGGUGUUACACUGAUGUUUCCCACAACAAACACAUAGUGAGAGUGAUGUAGGCUCAUUUUUGGAUGUCUAUGUAGGACAUCCAUGGGAAGCCCUGGCCUAACAGACCAUGUGUGUUUAUUUUUCUAGUUAAUACGAUUUUUGCAAAAGUUUGAAUGGCAUUUCACUUUCAAGUUGAUCAUUAUUUACAGGCAGUGUCUGCAAAGCCAGGCCAAGCUAGUAUUAGAAGAAAAUACAGUAUUGAUGGAACAGCUUAAAAUACAACAAGCAAAAGCAAAAGACAACCUCAGCCAACAUGUCCAGGAAGGUAAAAUACCUUGAGAACUGUUUUUGACUACUAUGUUGAUCCGAGAUGUUUGUUAUUGAGAAUGGGCAGAAGUGUAAGCUAGCAUUAGCACCAAAUAAAGCACUUCAUAAGCCUUUUUAGAAUGAUAAUGUUGCUAAUCAGUAACUAUCAUAGAACCUGAGCUGGAGCAUUUGUUACAGUCGGUAAUAUUACAGUACUUAACUAUUAAUUACUUAACUUUUUAUUGUUUUUAGUCUCAGAUGCGGUAAAAUGAUAGCUGGUCACUGGUCACAGCAUCAGAGUACAUUACAUGGCAUCAAACUUAGAUUUGUAUUAAUUUACAGAGGAUUGUCAUUAACAAUAUAAAAGGAAUUUGAUCACAGGAACUAGCCCUUCAGAGAGUUAUGUAGUCUUUUGGAGAGCUCUUGGAGACUUUAGUGCUUCAGUGAGCUUUCCAUUUGACACAUCUUUCAUAUGCUUAACUAAUCUCCAUUGACAUUCAGAACUUGUGAAAAGUACCAUUUAUAACUAAUUAUAAUACUUCAGAUUAACUCACUGAACCAAGCUGAGAAGGCUUCAUGAUGAACUAAAAAUGUCAGAAGUGAAUAACUGUGUACACUCUGUUCUCAUUUCCUAAGGCAGCUUCUGACUUUACCUCAAAUGUUUUGUUUUCUCUUUUGAAGUUUCUAAAUUAACAAAACAGCUGAUGACUUUGGAAGCUAAGAGACAGAGCCAAGAAGAGGAGUUGAGCGAGUGUCAGAAGCAGCUGGAAGAACUGCGCUCCACAUACAAACAGCUGAAAGCCAGUGUGGGAGAUCACAUCACAAUGGAGGAGCAUGUGGCUUUGGUCAAUAAAUUUAAAAGGUAGGAGUCUGAUAAGUGCAAAUAUCAGAGGAAACACCUCUUGGAGGAUUCCAUGCAUGGUUGUAGCUAUUUAUAUUUACUUGCUUUUGCUUUUCCAAUUUAUUUGUGCCAGUUUUAAGUUUAUUUGUAGUCAGCUGAUACAACUUGAGGCACAAUGUAAUGAAGGUUGACGUUAAAGACACUUUUUACUAGCUUCAGACUCUGAUCAAACCUGGAAGAACUGGGUUAGCCUCAGCUAUGGUGAACGUCCUUCAGCCUCAAGUCAGGAACAUAGAGAGCUGCCUUUAUACUGGGUAAGAUGGUCCAUCUUGCCCAGUAUUGUUUGCUGUACUUUGGCUAGCAGCUAAUUUCCAAGGUUUCUUUCCCAGCCCUACCUGCCAAUGUCUGGGGCUGAUUCUGGAACCUUUUGUAUCUAAAGCAUGUGCUCUACCACUGCACUGGUGUGAUGCCAUAUGGCAUAGCUGCCACUGUGCCAUACACUGCAAUUCACCUGCCCACCUGCCACUGAACUGUGGUCCUUCCCCUUGUCUGGAAGGGUGAGCUCACCAUGGGAAGGGAGGAGCAUUGUAGUCCCUCCUGCUUUUUAAAAAAGUCAUUAGGAGAGUUGCCGUGUCACAUCUACAUUUGAAAAUAGUGGUGCAAACACAGAACACCACUAAGUUUUUUAGAUCAAUAUGUAGUUCAUCUUCCCUUUGCUUUAGAACAAGGCAUUGGUGGAAAUGCUGUCCAGUUGCAAGGAGAGGGGAGGAAUUCACGUGUUGGUGUUAUGUUUCCAUAUACUUUGCCUUUGGUCCCAGUCCUAGUGUGUGGCCCACUGUAGCCACCAUUUCAUCUGUACUGUGAGUCCUUUGUCCUGUAUGCAUUCACAGUACUUUUUAAAAUGAGCACACUGCAACUGCAAAUGCAAUGCCCCCCUUAAGCAUGAAGAAGUGGCUAUAUUGGUAUUGUGGUCAAGCAGGAGAAAUUGCUGGGUGUAUGUUUCAAAUUACAGCACAAGCAUAGGCAUCUAGGCUUAGAAGUAAGCCCCAUUGAGUUAAAUGGGGUUUGCUCACAGCUAAGUAGGUAUAGGAUUGCAGCCUCAAUACCAAACUGGAUAUGAAGUUAAAUGUUCCUUUGCUUUACUGUACAAGUUUUAAAAUAUGUGAAUAGCAUCAGAGCAUGGGAGUUGAUAGUUUUCAGGAUAGUAUAAAGUGUGGUAGGGAGACCUUACUCUUUCCAUGCUAGGGUCCUGAGGAAAUCCUUCUUGAAAGAUGUUGUUUGUAUUGGGAGGAUAUCUCCCAUAGGUGCAGGAAAAAAGGGUUAAAUUCCCGCCUUGACACCUGCUGCAAUUUGAUAAUUUGUCAGCCUUCGCUCCCCCUUUUGAUGCAUAUUUACAUUGAUAAAAACUUGCUCUAAAUGCAAAGGUGCAUUUAACUCAGUAUCUGUUUUGGUCCUUGAUCUGACUGAAUCCUGUUUUGGUUGUGGCCAAAGCUCAGUGUACAGUUAGUUCUUCAUACCACAUAAAGGUGGUUCUUUGGGGAUGUUGUUCAGACUGGAACAGAAUCUUUUCAUUGAAUAAUUUUGUUGUAAUUGCUGUUUUCCACUGAUCUGUUAGUUCUCAUUUUUCAUUUCUUAAAAGGAAAUAGUGCUUUUAUUUGAUGCCUGGUUUUCAUUAUUGUUUUCUGUAGCCAGUUGCAACAAGAACAGGAAAAGAGAGAGAUUGAGUCAGAGCAGCUAAUGGCGAAAAUGACAUCUCUGCAAGCAGAAAAAAAAGCCCUCCUUCUAGAGAAAAAUGGGCUAGCAGCUGAAAAGACAGUCCUCGAAGUUGAGCUGGAAAAGACACAGAAGACAAAGAGGUUUGCCUGUUUUCUUCUGUGCUCCUUUUGGUUAGUUUUUUCCUUCCAAGCACAAGAACAUUCAGUAGCCUGACUGCACAAAAAACAAAUGGCUGGCCUGCAUUGGACAGCAGAAUAUUGCUUUGUUUUUAAUUUAAAUUUUUCAAAAUGUGAAAAACAAGGAAUAAGCUUUGUAUAGAUGAAUGCAAUGUUCCUUAAAAUAAAUCUCAGCUUUUGUUUUAAAUAAGAAAUAAGAGGGUUAGUCCUCAUAGUUGAGGUGGUUUGAAAACACCAUCAAACCCACCUGAUUCUAACUUAAGGUUAAACCAUAGUUUAUUUUUAACUGGUUUCAUGAGAGUGAGCAGUGUGCUUUGAAGCUAUUAUUUCAAAGAAUGGGCCUGAAGGAGCCAGACCCCCACAAUUAUAGCCUAAAUUGUCCUGGGCUCUAACUCAUGAAUUUGUUAUACAUGACUGUUAGUUCAGUAGCUCUUUGUGCUAGAUGCUCUGUGUGCAAUCAAACACUAGCUCACAGAGUUACUGAAUUAGCAGUCAUGUGUAAUAAUAAUAAUAAUAAUAAUAAUAAUAAUUCAGAUUUUCUGCAAGUGGUGUAACCUCGUUGGUUAAAUAUCUAAAAAUAUAAUUGGAUGCUUUUUAAGUGAUUGCUUAAGCUGGUAUAUUUCAGUUGAAGUCAUUGUGGGUGUGGAAUUGCACCAGAGUUGAAUCACAAUAUUAAGUGAUCCUAAAUUGCUUCCUAAAGACUCUUUCUACCUUACAAAAUAACUUGUAGACGAUCACAGAAGAAAAUAGGCCUUCUGAAGCAGCAGCUGGAAGAGGCAGUGGAAGAGGAGAUGGCAGCACGCCGGAUUCUAGCAGACCUGGUCAACUUGACAGAAAAUAUGAGUCAAGAACGUAAUCUUCUUUUAAACUUGGUAAUUUUUUUAUUUAAAAAACCCUUUGUCUAUAUGUGCCCCCUUCUGGUUAAAUGAAAUAACCAUAAGGAAUUCAAAACCUUGUUUAUAUCUUGAAUGGGGCAGUGUUUGGAGCACUAAAGGCUGAAAUACACAUAGCGCUAUAAUCUUAUGCAGAGUUGAACCUGAGAGUAAGCACCAUUUAACUUGGUAGCACUUAUUCUUUGUAUAAGUGUUUAUUUUGGGAUUGUCAGAGAAUUGCAGCCGACUAAUUUUGCAUAGUAAUUUCCUGAAACUGGCAGGUGCCAAACUGAGUGUCACUGGAGUGCAGACCACAGAGUGUUUAGGUUUAGGGUGAAAUCCUAAUCCCAGCUUCUGCCUGGUGGAAGCUGGGAGUGGCAGGACCACUGCCACAUUCACAGAUUACUGAACAUGCCAGUCAGGGAGGGCAGGUGAGGCAGGCAGAUGGCAGCGCUAGCCUGGAGCUGGUGCAGUGGUUGGGCCUAAUACCCAUCAAUGACUGCAGAGAGACUGGCUCCAGAUCCAUUGGAUCUCAGGCUGGCUCAGAUAAUACCCCAGCCUCAAAUGCCCCAUUUUGGAUCUUAUCACUGGCUGCUGCUGAUUCCGGCAAUGACACCUCUGCCUGCCAGCCUGUUCAGUGGCUGAAAGUGGGAUCACUGCAUAGGGGAGGCUGGCAGAGGCCAUAAGGACUGGGUGGAGGGACACAUCUGUCCAAUCCUGAUUGACCCAGCACAGAAGGCAUUUGGAUUGCCCUGCCAAUCAGGAAGCUGAAAUGUCUUUACCAUAAAAGUUGCUAGUCUAGACUUGAAUAACCACUUGACCUCCACUGAUCUGCCAAGAAAGAUAUGUGAAACACCACCUUGCUUCCCAUAGCCAUCGCCAAGGAAGUCAGAAAAGGUGUAAAACACGCUUUAAUGUCAUAGGUGAACUGAGGCCUCAUGAGCAUUGUGGGUGGGGGAAGUACACAAACACACAGUCAAAUCAUUGAAAUUAAGCUGGUACUUCUGGCAUCCAUGCAGUGGUUCCAUUUGCCUGCUUGGAUCUAAAUAAUCAUUUUUUAAUCUAUUGUGCCUACCACUAGGUGCUUUAAAAACAGACCCUAUGAACUCACAAUUUUAGAUUGAGAAAUCUGUGUUUAUUUAAAAGUGCCUUUUAAAAAGAUAAUUGAUGAGAAGCAAGGAGAGGAAUGCAGACUGUAGCAAUUGAUGGUCCACCACCUGGUUUGGAAAAAAUCGUUUAUAUUUGAAACAAUCCAUUAUAUAUUAUCCCCUUCACCUAUGGAUUCAUGACAAGAGCAGUCAAGAAAUAGGACGUUUCUGUGCCUCUUGUCCUGUUUUUCUCAGUUUUCCAUUUUAUUAUUUAUUCAUUUCAUAGGUUUUAUGUAAGGUUAAAAUAGUACAGGAGACCUUUGUGCAAAAUGCAGUCACAGAUGUGGUUCGUUGGCAUUUAGACUUCCCUCAGCAUGAUAAAUAAAUGAUUCUUUUGAAACCAGUGAACUGAAGGUAGAAUGUUUCCAUUAAUUCACUGAACAAUAAUGAGGGAUCUGUAGGCAAAAGCUCUUCUUGUUUGUUCAGAUAAUUACUGUGAUUGAAAUCUGUUGCUAAAGUGGUUGAUUUUGGAAAACUAGUCAGCAUUUCAGUGUGUGUGGUUUUCCAAUAAUAAUAAUAAUAAUAAUUUAUUAUUUAUACCCCGCCCAUCUGGCUGGGCUUCCCCGGCCACUCUGGGCGGCUUCCAAAAGAAUAUUAAAAUACUAUAAUACAUCAAACAUUAAAAGCUUCCCGAAACAGGGCUGCCUUCAGAUGUCUUCUAAAAGCCUGGUAGUUGUUGUUCUCUUUGACAUCUGGUGGGAGGGUGUUCCACAGGGAAGGCGCCACUACCGAGAAGGCCCUCUGCCUGGUUCCCUGUAACUUGGCUUCUCACAGUGAGGGAACCGCCAGAAGGCCCUCAGUGCUGGACCUCAGUGUCCGGGUAGAACGAUGGGGGUGGAGACGCUCCUUCAGAUAUACUGGACCAAGGCCGUUUAGGGCUUUAAAGGUCAGCACCAACACUUUGAAUUGUGCUCGGAAACGUACUGGGAGCCAAUGUAGGUCUUUCAAGACUGGUGUUAUGUGGUCUCUGCGGCCGCUCCCAGUCACCAGUCUAGCUGAUAAGACCUGAUAAGUAUUCAUUCUGUAAUGUAUUUUUCCUGCAUGUGGGUUUCAUAUGUUUUCUGUAGUUUCUACUAGUUAGUCUGGCACAAAACAUUUUGAACAUUUCUUUUAAGGCUCACAUGCCUCCUGAACAGUGUUUUUCAGCUAGGGCAGUGGUAGGGAAGGGCCACAGUUCUGUGGUAGAGCAGCUGCUUUGCCUGCCAAUGAUGACUGGCUCAACCCCCUGGCAUCUUCAGCUGAAAGGGUCUCUGGUAGCAAGUGAUGGGAAACAUUUGGGGGGGCUGUGAAUGGGCAUGGUUAUUCUCGUGCUUGUUGCCAAACUCUUUUAAUGUAAUCCUUUUAAUUAUUUAAUUAUUCUAUCUUGUGCUCACUUCCCUGGGAUCCUAUGGGAUAAAGGGCAGUCCAGAAAUGUAAUUGAUAUAUACAUAAAUAUAUCAGUAGAAUACAUUUCAGAACAGCAAAAUCUUUUGCCAGCUCACCUUCCCCCUCCUUUUUCCUCCAGACCAGUUGCUUGGAAAGACAGCAGGAUGGUGUUCUCAACAAAAUAGUAGAAGGAAACAUGCGCCUAGGGAUGUUAGAAGAGAAAGUGAAGGUGAGUAGAGUUUGCAGACAAUAUAUCUAUAGCACACUACAGUUCUUCUCUUAUAUAUUACAAUUUUUUUCAGAAUUGCAGUCACAAAUAUGUGGCUUGGUUCAAAGUGCUGCAACAGCUGCUAUUUCAUGCAGUUUUGCUUCUAGCUAAUGCAUGCCAUGGAUUUCUGCGGUAACAGGAUGUGCUGGGAAAAUGUAUCUGACCUACAAAGCUGUAAAAUGCUGUUAGAAUGGGGUUUGUUUCAUUUUUGCUUUUACCGGGUGUUUCGUCCCUGAUUCUUUAGCCUUUUUUCUAAAGUUCUGCAGUAAAGAGGGAUGUGAAAAGGAGCUCCGCAUACGGUAUGUUGCAGGCAGGAGGCCACUAGAGCACGAACAACUCUGGCCAGGCUAUCCUGGCCCCAGAAUUGCAGUAGCUAGCAAGAAGGCCUAAAGUGGGCAUAAGCACACUCCAGCCAUGAGCCACUUGGGACUCAAAUGACGGGCUGGAAUCCUGGAGCACUACCAUAUUGAACCUGCUCCUUCAGAUUAAAGUGCAACCCUUCCCUGAACAGGUCAGCCAUAUAAUUUCUGGACUUAAGAGCCACCCACCGAACCGCAGCACUUCUGCCUUGUCAGGAGCCCUGCUGGACCAGGCCAAAGACUCACCCUGCAUUAGGCUCCCCACCGUGACCAACCAGAUGCUUCUGGGAAUCACACAAACAAGUUGAAGAGACAGUUUGCCCUUUCAGGUUGCUUUCCCCCAAUAACCUCCUUACUGAAACAUUAAAAAUGGCCUGAACUCAUGUAAUUUGAGGGAUGAUUAGCAGUUUUGUGAUAAUUUGCUAGCCAAACCCUUCAGGGUUUGGUUUAAGUUCUCUUCAGGGCUCCAGUUCUGCUCAGAAUUAAUUGUAUCAACAAUUAUAUGGAUACUUUGCAUGUGUGUAUUUGCCAGUAGGAGGCUCAUUUGGGAAGUAUUUUUAGAGCAUGUAUCUUAAAUCCCUUUCACACACAAAAUAUAGAUAUAAAUAUGUCUUUUCAGUUACCAUCUUUGAAGUGGCAUUGGAAUAAUAAUUAUAGGUUUUCAUAUUAGAACUACAACAGUUGUUUUGUACUGUAGAUGUUGUUGUAAAAGAAUGUCAGUUUAAUUUUUCUGGAACAAUUACUGUAAUGAUAAACAUCAUAACCUUUUAGCAUCAAACUGCGUCAAGCUGAGGCACUUUUGCCCUUUUGGUUUCACAGGCUUGUUUUGCAUUCUCUUUCUUCUAGCCAGCCUUAAGAUAAAUAUUUGAUUAAAAGCAAGCACCCUGGAGUGAAAUUGGCAGUUGGCCUAAUUUUUGUUUCUCUCUUUUUUAGUCUUAGAAGAAAAAUGCUAGCUGAGGGUAGCUUUCCACUAAUCAAAAUACUGUAAUUCUUCAUAAAUAUGGAUGAGCUGUUGCAACUUCUAAGUGUCUCCAGUUAAGUAUUUAUUUUUGAGAAAAACAGUGAAGGCCCAAUCUGCUUGUGCAGUGUUGUGUACGUUUACUCUGGGUGUUCGUUUAUAGUGGACAAGAUCUGACAUCCUGGGACCAGGUGACAGUUGCUGCUGCUGACGUCCUAUCUGGUGUUUGCUGCAAUGAAAACUGUGAAGGGAAUAAUGGGGAUACAAUAUCUACUGAGGUGUGGUAGAUGAGUGGAAGGGAGUGGCAGGCAUUUGCACUGCCACAGCAAAUGCCCUCGAGUUGCUUGGGACACAUUUCUCUCCAUUAUACUUCAUGGAGUUCAUCACAGCAGACUCAUCUGUUAGAUGCCUAAGGAUGUGGCUGAUCCUGCUGCAGCCUAUCCUGAACAAAAUACACUUGCCCCACAUCCAAUAUUAAAGGCAUGAACUGCAUUAUAAUUUGCAGAAUCGUUUCAUUUAAAGAAAAAGGAGAAUUGGUUUAAUACCCUGCCUUUCAACAUUAUUGAGACUGUUUCCCUAAAUAAAUGUCACAGAGCGAGCCGGCAGUAAAUCACACUGUUCAAAGUUGGUCAACUCUUCAUUAGCAAAACCACAGUCUUCCCAGAUUUGGCUGAGUGUCAGGCCUAAUGAGCACAGUAGCUCAUCCCCGGUAGGUCUUACCCCACAAAUCAGUUGCCAAGACUGAAAGUCCCCAGUUUCCCUCAGCCAUCUUAGGUCCAGGGCUUUUCCCUCUCAGAGAUGGUGCCUGCGUGUAGCCUGUCUCUCCUGCAGCUGUUUCAGCCCUCUUCUGUUUUGGGGAGAUGGGGGGGAGGGGAUAUUCUCUCAAUAGGAUGGGGACACACCCAUGACUCUUUACCAACCUGACUCAUCUCUGCCUCUUGGCCUCCCUCUUCCUCCUCGCCUGCUUCAGCUUCUGCGUCUGAUUAUGGACUUCUCUCUGCCACACACUCUCUCACUCAGCCCUGUUACCUCUUCGGCUUCCGACUCCUCCUCUUUCCCGUCUUCUCCCUCAUUGUUGCCCCACUACCACUCUGGCCCCAGUUUGGCCCCAUAGGUUUACCUGCCUGUGCCUAACAUCGGGAGUGGGACAGAUGGCAUAGUCUGAGUCAACCUAUGCUGCAGGCUAAGUGGGGAUGCCUGGGACAGGCAGGGGGACUUGUUAGGUCUGGUAGCUGGAGGUUUACCUCCCCUGGCUUAACAUUAUGUGUGAGCAAGGCCAAAGAUGUUGUUGUAAUGUGCAGUGCAGAAGAACAGCACCUGGGAACUUGACUCAGGCCACCUGAAAGCAAGACUGCAUAUAAAGGCCCUGUGAUGCUUUCAGAAAAGGCUUAUGCUUAGGAAGGGGAGGAGGAAGAUCCACAGCUGUGAGGUGGCCACACCUUAAAUUUUGGUAAUUUACAACCCAAUCCCCUGUACGAUUUACUCAAAAGCAAAUGCCACAAUGCUAUGGGGGGCUUACUUUCAGGUAAGUGGCAGUAUGAUAAGAUGGUUCAUUGGUUUUGCACAUGCUUUGCAUGCAAGGAAAUCUCUACUUCAGUUCCUGGUGUCAGUAGCAGGUGGUGGGAAACAGCAUGCUCUUCCUGAAACCCUGGAGAGCUGCUGCCAGAGUAGACAGUAGUGGGCUACAGGGGCAAAUAUUAUGGCUAGGUGUAAGGCAAUUUCCCAUGUUCCCAGAUGCCAUAGCAAUACUGUAUAGAUAAAGGAACUAAAUGAUUUAGUCCUGUGGAAAAGCUGUGUACUAAAUAAAUGGUUGGCUCCCUAGCAAAUAUUCCAGUCCCUGGGAAUUAGAGUCACAUAAGUACAACUUGUAAUAGGAUGAAGUUCAGUUCCUGUGACAUAUCAGUCCCAUAUUUCACUGUGGCAGUCCUGCUCUAAAUCUAGCCUUUUAUGGGCAGCUUAGAGACUGCCUCUCCCAACACAAGGCCAGACAGGUUGGGCUGCAUGUGCCUUCACUCCAGGAAGUGAGACAGUUGGGAGGAGCCCUGAGGCUUUGGAGUGCCACCACACACAGUGCUCACUUGAUCCCUUUAUGUCUCUUUUUGCAGAGAGGAUGAAAAGCAUUAUCCUUCCUGCCUGUCCUUUGGGCAGCUACACUUACAGGUGUUCAGCCUGCACCAGCUGGAAGCCUCUUGAACAUUUAAAAUUCAAUUGGGAUUUUGGUCCUCCUUUCCCUACCAGCACAAGGCAGCUUGCAGCAUGAGGUAGUCCAGCUAAAAACAACAUUAUGCUCUUGCUGCUGUGUUGUUAUGGUUUCACAGUUUUAUUAAAUUAUCUGUUGCUGCAGAACUGUCGAGUUUUUAUUGUUUUCUAAUGUUUGGAGUAUAUUAAACUGCCUUGAGCUGAGAAGUCAGGAAAACCUUUAAAAAAGUUAGCCUUUAUCUAAGGUGUGAAAGAGGAAGCUAUUUUAUUGUGAUCAUGGCUGGCUCUUUUGUUUUUUCUUGUAUUAGUGCCCCCAAAUCCUUUGGGGUAUUUUAUUUGGCAUAUACACCAGCCUAUGGGCCACAUUUUUUGUGGCCAACCUUCCAAGUGCUGGGCAGGGCCAGAGUUAAAAGUGGGCAGGUUAUUUGUUUGACAAAAUAGUGAUCUCUAACUUAAUGACUGGCUAUGAUUAUUUCUUGGUUAAAAGCCUAUUUGCUACCAAGUACAUACUACAUUACCUGAUGCAGUCCUUACAUAUGCCAGGUAUUGGUCAAUCCAGGAGCAUACCUGCACCUCUGCUCUGUGGAGAAAGGAGCAUCUUGGGAUGGUAGAUAUGAAUGAGAUUGUGAGCCUUAUGGAAGUCAUAGAUCCAGCAGGUCCUGUCCUGGAGGUUUUGAGGAGGCUGGGAUAGUGGUGGAGAAACUUGGUAGUACAGUAACUAUUUGGCCCAAAUAACAAGUGCACAGUUUCAGGAGUGCUGGUGUUUGCUGUUUCCUUAUCCCAUCCUUUACAAAGCCCCCCGGCCAUAGCUAGCUGUGUCUUUCUCCUAUAAAGCCAGCAACAUGCUGACAGCCCUGAGCAGCAGCCUGCACCCACCCAGAUCUUGCAUGCAUUUCCAUCAGGAGAAACCUGUGUUCUUCAGUAGACCCUAGUCUGAAGUCUCCCAUGGUCCUUCAUAGGCUGCUGGUUUAGGGAGGAGGCGUUCCAGAUGUACACAGCUCCUGGGGCCAGAUUAAGUUGCUGGUAGCAUUGGGUCCUUGGGUCUAAAGCUUGCCCUCCAACUGCUGAAUCAUGCACACCGAUCUUAGUGGAGGUUACUUUCACAUAAAAUAAGUAACAGGUUGCUGGUGCCAAAGACCGAAAGCUUGACAUUGCCUUAAAUAUGAAAGUUUUCCUCAAGUGUUUCAGAAAAUAAAGCAUUUUACUUUCCCACCUGUAAUUGUGUAAUCACGACCUGUAAUUACAAUAGCUUAAAAAAAAAUGUAACAGUAUGUUCUAGCAGAAAAGUUGCCAAAUCUCUGCUUAAAAUAGAGGAACAUUAUUCCAGAACAGGAGAAUCCAUGCAAUAAAACACAUCUCAUUUCAGACCAUGCCAGCUUCAUAGGCUUUUAUGUAAGUAUACAUACCCUAGUUCCAUCAUUUUUGAUUUUGCAUCCCUGUCUCAAAAAACACAAAUUCUAGACAGGUUGAAGAAUAGAUUUGCAAUACCAUUUCACCUAGUCUGUUCUUCAGAUCUGCAUUUUUAUUUCAUCCUAGCUACAGGAUCAUCUAGUAUGACAGAGGAGAUAGCAUGAUAGUGCCGGUCCUUUCCCAGUCCUGCUAUUCUCCUUCACUUUCCUCUUCCUCCGCUUCCUGUCCAUUGUUGAAGCCCUUGUUGAAGCAGAACAAGAAGCAAGGCCAUAUCUCUCCUUCCAAAUGCUGUCCCCUCUUUCAUAAGCCAAAUUUAGUCUCCAGCAUCCAAGGAAGCAAAAAAGAAAUACCUUCCUCUCUUUUCCCUCAAAAACUGGGAUGGAAAAAGUGCUGGGGGUGGAAUACUCUUUUGCCUCCAGAACCUCUAGGAGGUGUAGGGAGGGACACUAUUCUCCUGGGGGCCUCAGUGAUGCUUGGCCCUGUCAGGAUUGUGGACUUUGCGAUGGAAGCUAAAUAGCCCCUAGUGAGAUAAAGAAUUUUGCCUUCUGUCGGAUGUAUCCCUUAUGGGAUCCUACAACUUUGCCCUGGAGAACUCUGUCAAAGCCAUUAACCCCUCUGGGUUUUGUUCGUUGGGCACACUAAAGUGUGGCUACCUGUUGGGAGAGUGGGAUGGAAUGUUAGGAACAUCUAAAUAUAGAUGUCUCAUUUUUGCCUACUGAUAUUUUUUUUAAAAAGAAAAAAUCCACAGUAGGCUUUAAAUAGCCUAUACAUUUGAAGGUCUAUAGUGCCAAUAUCCAAAAUUCCGUUUUAAAAAAAUGUUAGUUUCUUGAGGAACAGUCGCACAUUCCUUGGCAAAGGCAUUGACAGAAGCCAUAGACAAGACACACAGUUAGACUGGAUGGCACGAGACUGACACAGACAAUUCCAAGGGUCACUUUCUGAAUCACCAAUAAAUAGAUUCCAAGUGGCAAAGAACCAAAAUAGAAAAAUCCAAGCAGCCACACCAGUAUUCUAGGGACAUGGUUACAGAGCUUAGAGAAAAGAUCUUGAUCCAGGUGGCUGUGAGAGUUCACAGAUGCCGAGUCAAGGCUGUGAUCUGUGUAGUAAUCCGAGAGGGUGUUCUGGCUUGGCGUCCUUGUGGAGUCUCUCUGUACUUCCAUGAUGGUAAUCACCAAACAGUUUGAUGACCCAUGAGAAGGACUGGAGGAAGCCAAGUUCUUUGGCGUCAAGACAACUUCUUUGCAGUCCGAGCUCCAUGCUGUUUUGUCUUUUGUCAUGAGUUUGGACAUGAUAUUUGCGUCAUCAGGAAGGCCCUCCACUUCCUCUUCCUGCAGCUCUGUCUUGUGGCGGCAGAAGGGGCAGCAAAUGCAAUGGGACCCAUCUCCCACAUGGAGGAUUUUUGUCAGGCAUUUCGCACACACUCUGUGAAGGCAGUCCAAGAUUUUGGGUUUGCGGCUCUGGACGUUAAACUUCUGGUAACAGAUUUUGCAUUCCAGCUCAUCGUUCGGUACUUUUUCUUCUCCCUCUGUUUGAGAAUGAUUCAUCUUUAAAUUAGGCAGGCUGUAAAAGAUAAUAGCAGUGAGUUUCAACUUUAAAUUAUGCCCUUUUGGUAGUUGUUCCUAGAGCAGCCUUUCCCAACCUGGUCAAAAACUCCCAUCUUCCCCAACAUUUGACCAUGUUGGUUGGAGUUAUUGGGACCUGUAGUCCAAACCAUUUUGAGGGCAUCAGGUUGGGGAAGCCUAUCAUAGAGUAUAUUCUUUACCGACAGAAAAAAGCAAAUACGGUAACAAGUUAAAACUGGUAGCAGUAGUUAAAUGUAAUUACCUCUUCUGAUUAGAAGUUUCUGGUUUUCAGUUUCGUAUAAUUUCCCCAAAUAUUCACUGAAUCUGUUUUGUUUUAUAUCCUACUUUCCAUCCUAGAGGAGAUUGUUUCACCACCCCAUAGACUGUAGAAUGUAUUAGACAUUUUCUUGAAUAUCUGAACAGAACUACCUCACAUAGUUAAAUUGAGGGAGCCCAAUAUUACCCAUUGAGCUUUGGGGUCUUAUAGGAUUUGAACCGAUGUGUCUGCAUGCUGUGAAGCACUCUGUCCACUGCAUCAUGCCAUCUUCCCCAUCAGGGCCUAGAUAUGAUUCCAAGGCCUGGGGCAAGUAUACCCAGCAGCCCCCAUUUCUCUGCUCUAAAUUUACUUCCCCUCUUGAAGAUUAGUUCUCCCUCUUCCCCUUCUCUAUUUCCUUUUCUGAACUGCCUUGGGAUGGCACCUGUGGGAAAAAGUGUCUGCACUACACUCAGAUCCUGUGUGCUAUUGGGAGUAAGUCUCAUUAAAUUCAGUAGUGCUUCUGUGCAAACUUACAUACGGUCGAUCUGUUAACAUUAAGGAGCAAUUACUCAUCUGGAAUAUUUAGUUACUGCAGCUUAUCAACAUGGGAAAAAAGCAAGUUGGCUGGAAAAUGUUUGGCUUUCAGUUGAGGAUGUAACUCAGAAACUUGUAUAACAGUUGCUACAAUCCAACCUUGACAAGCAUUUAGAGUUUGAUUUGCAUUGGAGACGAAUCUUCUUAUCAUGCACGGAUGCUCUUGUAAUGUUGCAGAGGGAGGGAAACUUAAUAGUAGCUCAUUUGGUGGUGCUGUGCAUUUGAAAUUAUUGAGCAAAGGUAUUACUUAACCUUUAGGGGAAAAACAAUACCAUUGAAUGUAGGUUUCCCAUGGCAUUUCUUUGAUUAAUAAGAAUGUGUGGUUGUGAAACUCUUAAGGAUUUGAUGGGUAAAAAAGUGCGACAGUACAUUUCACAGUUUUGUCUGUUUUGCCGGAAAAGGGGAUUUGUUUCUGUUCACGUUUCCUAAUAAGCAGAGCUGGCUCAGUCUUGGCUCAUCACCCUCACGUUGCCAUGCAGCAGUGAUGGAAUUUUAAUGGGAACAGGCAAGGAUUACAACAACAACGGCAUUUUUAUUAGGAGACGUUUUCAUUUGCAUCUUUGUCUUAACCAUCAGGUCUGCUAAAUGGUCUCGGUUUCUGACUUAUUCUCUGGUGGGUCCACCCUGUGCACUCUUUCACAAGCAUGGUGGAGCAGAGCAGGGUCUAACACUAGAAACAGAGAGUAUGCAUUUUGCAUGUGAUUCUUCCAAAAAAUAGUUAUGAUAGCAGCAUGUCCAAACACAAUUUCUCUUUAAGUAUUGCUCCUUGGAAAGCAUUCAUAAGAGUCUAAAUAGCAGGCAUUAAGUUCCUCAGUUACCAAAUUCUCUCUGUCUGCUGUGAAAUACUUUAACAUAUUCACCUGAAUGGCAGGUGGGAAUGCUUUUUAAGUAGAUUGAAUUCCAUGUCAACAAAGUAAGCAGUUAAUUAGGUAAAAUAUUUGUAUUCAGUCUCUCUUUCCCUCAGGGACUCCCCAAGGAGGCCUUCAACAAUAUUAAAACACAUUGUUUGGUGGUUGUGGUGGUUGCUGCUGCUGAGCUUUACAAACAUUAAAAGCCCAAACCAAAUAUUCAAGAAGCCAGAGAACAGGAAAGUAAUCUCAUCAUAUGAAAGAUAACCAACAAACAUCUCAGAAUGUUAUUCCAUUAUUGCUUAACUCAAGAGCACCCUCAAAAUAACAAGUUUUUCAUUGGAAGUUGAAAAAUAAGCCGUCAUAGAAUUGUAGGGUUGGCCUAGGCUGACUCCCUCCAAUGUAGCAGCGAUGAAGAAGACUUCUUUCAAAACCAGCCCCCCCCCCCAUAAAUCUUGGUUUGUGUGAUCAGCUGCCAGGUCUUGUCCAUCAUAAUAGGGCAUAGCUAGGGUACUAGCCUACAUUACUCAAAAGUCUUCAUGGCCGCCAUCACACUUUGGCAUACGGCAGCUCUUCCAAGCUACAAACCUGAUCCUUAACUGGGUUGGGGUGGGGUUGCAACUCCAUCCAAAUUAAGCACUACACUUAAUCCUAGAUCAGCUCUUCUCCCACCUCUGUCUUACCUGGAUUAAUUUCAGUUUGCUUACCUACAUCCAAUUCAUUGCUGAUUUCAGGUACUGGGUCAGAACCUCAGCCACCCUGGGUUUAGAUGGAAAGGAAAGAGACUUGUGCAUCACUAGCAUACUGACGGUAUCCUCCUCCUCUCUGGACAACCUCACCCAGUGAUUCAUGUAGACGCUAAAUAGCAUAGGAGACGCUUGCAGUCACCCACAAGUUAGAGACCAAUGGGUGGAGCAGCAGUCUCCCAGCACCGCCUUCUGAGAUUGGCCCUUCAGGAACAAUUCAAACCACUGCAGUUAGAUGUCCCAUCCCAGCAAGACAGCUCCAGAAGGAUGCUAUGAUGGGUGAUGUUGAACACUGCUGAUUAAGAGGGCUGGACUUUCCCUGUCCACCUUCUGGUGUGGGUCUUCUGUUAGAACAACCAAGACCAGGCAAAAAAACAGACUGAAAUGCUUCUAGAUAAGUAGUAUGCUAGAGCUGGGCCACCUCUGCCCACUGAAGCAGGUAUGCUCAAGUAUUAUUCCCCUAUUCCUCCCAACAAAUAUUCUCUCUCACCCACCCCCUCUCUGACCCUUGUGCAUGCUCUAAUUCAUUUUGUCCCUUUCCUGUUGCAGACAUGAAACAUGAAAGGAAUAGACAGCCGUCGCAAGCAGACGAAAUGUUCAGGUUGACAAACCUGCCUGUGUUAAUUAUAACAAGAGGGUUUUUUGUUUUGUUCUUUUAAAGCGAUGUCGUAAGACAUUCCUUGGAGAGGCAUGGAGGAGUAGUGGGGGAAAUGGCAGGAGAGUUUAGGAAAAUGUUUUCUUCGUUACUUAGAAAAAGUCUGAUGUGUUGCCUGAAAAGACCUUUUGAACUGGAGGCAAGGCCAGUGGUGCAUUUAAAUAGCCCCAUACCUAGUUCAUUGCAUCCUCCUCACAGUAUUGGGCAGGGGAAGGCACCAUUUCCAGGGACAAGCGUAAACCAGUCUAGCAACCACUACAAGUACCGUCUUGUGUUUAAUACUACCUUGUGUAGUAUACUGCUUGGACAGUCAUUUUCCAAAAUGCAUUGCAGGGGGAGUUGAAUUAGAUGACCCUUUGGGACCCUUCCAACGCUGAAACUCUGUGAGUUUCAUGCUGAAUUUACAAGCAAUUACUUAGUUCGUAGCCAUGGUGCUCUUCACAGUAGCAGUGACUUGCUUGGCGCUGUUCUGUUUAUUGACACACAUUUUUAGUGCUUUCCUUGGUUUUAUGUAAGUCUCCCUAGGACACUUAUCUGCUGAAGAGCCGUUUAAAAACAUAUGGAAUAAAUCAGAGUGGCAUCCUGAGGGUGCGAUGCACAGGAAGAAGCAAUAGGCAUGAGGAAUGUGCUGAGCCCUUUACCUACCUGCUACUUUUCCUUUAUGACUAUAGCCCCCACCGCAGAUGCUCAUGUGUGUGCACACACAAGCACACACACACCACACAGAGUACCAAAUGCAAAGUUAUUAUCGGAGAUCUCCUGCAUUUAAAUUGGGAACCACAAGGUGUGUUCAGACCCCAAAGUCCUCAUCAGGCACAAAAGGCAACAGAGCUAUGCAGCAUCAGCCUCUGAGAUUGGCAAGCAAUAUUAAGACUGAGGGUCUGGAUUGGGUAGAACUAGUCUAUCCCAUCUUGUUCUAUUCCGAGUAGACCCAUUGAAAUGAAUGGCACUAAAUCAUGCUACCAACCUGGCCUUCCCCCCCCCCCCUGCCAUGUACCACCUUCAUGUUUGCACUUUGGGGUCCUUGGCUGAAGGCUAUAUCCCUCAGAUCUAGAUCUGGAUGUGGGAGGUGUGCCUCGCUGAAUGGUCAAGAAGAUGCCACGGUGACCUCUUGAUUAAUUUGCUGCAGUAUGCUCUGUGACACUUUCUUGAAGACUUCCCAUAAACUUCAGGUGCUCCAAAAUGCAGCAGCUGGAAUACUUUCCAAGACUGAGGUCUCAUACUACGCUAGUCUUGAAACAACGGCAUUUAUUACCAGUCAGUUUCCAGACACAAUUCAGACUGCAGGUAUUGACCUUUUAAAGUCUUCUGCUGUCAUGUUCCUAAUUAUCUGAAAGAAGAAUGCCUUCUCCCUUAUCUUCCAGUCCCCUUUGUGUUCAGAUUGUCAGAAGAGACCAUCUCCAGUUCUAAUACCUUCCUCCGAUAAUCCCCCACCCCCACCCCCCAAUAUAACGGGUUUCCUUUAGGGAGUGCCAUCCUGCCUACACUUGUGAUGCACCUUUCAACUCUGUGAAGGUCUAGGUAUAUUUGUCAAGCUUGACAGUUGAAAGCAGGUCUGGGAGGGAGGAAACCAGGCAACCACCUGAUCCAGAGGUAUGAUUGAAGCAGUUCCCCUGUUCAGAAUUGUGUGCUUUGGAGUUCUCCAGUUGUACACACAGUUUUAGACAAAACUCCCCAUGCUUAUCCAUUUCCCCCCUUUAAAAGUUUUAGAGCAGUUGCUGCUUUAUAAAGACAACAUAACUGAGGGGGAUGGAAGACUCCAAAGAGCCUCAGCCUAGGGAGCACUUUGAAGAAAGUGAGAUCCCCAUUUAGAUAAAUGCAUCAAUAUUUAAAAUGUCAAGACCAUAUGUAGAUGUAGUAAAAAUGGCUGCAUUCCUUGUUUUCUUCAGUUCCAUUCUCACCUGCAAGAGAAACCUAAGCCAAGAGAUAAAAGCUUUGUUCUGUUUCAUAAAAUUUUACUUUGGGAAGGGGAGAUCAGUUACCUAUAGGAUUACCUACAGUGUGGUGUAGUAGUUAUAGUGUUGGACUAGGACAUGGAAGAUGAGGGUUCAAAUCCCCACUCAGCCAUGAAUUUUAUUGGGUUGUUCUGGCCACUGCCUCUUAGCUUAACCUGCCUCACAGGAUUGUAGCAAUGGUAAAAUUGGGAAGGGGGAAAACCAGGUCCUUGAAGCAAAAGCAAGAUAUAAAUGUAAUGAUAAUAGGAACAAACAAAUUAUAUGGACUGGAAUCACUUUGCAGUAGAGCACAUAGCAAAUAUGUAGGAUUUUACCAGUUCCCUUGAGGAAAGAUUGGAAGUGAAAUUUGCUGGACUGGAUAAACUAUAUUUUAGUGCACCUUUCGGGUUCUUCUCUCUUUUUAUUUCUUCAUUAGUGCCUUUUCUCCCCCCGCCCUUUAUACCAUUAAAAAAAAAGAAAAAAAUUACAGCUGUCAAAACCAUAUUAUACACUUCAAAGAAGCAAACUGACACAGCGUAAGAUUGGCAGCUGAUAAAGUAAUAAAGAAAGAAAACACACUAAAAAAACCCAAACCAAUAAAACAAUACAACUGCAGUGUAAACUAUAACCAAAACAUAUCCAUCGGGUAGGUAAGUUUGUUGUUUGUUGCUCUCAGAAUGGAUGAGUUUAAAAUAAAUGGAAGAAUUUAUACGUAAAAAUUCAAACUUUUUUUUUUUGCUAUUUUAGAUACAUCCUGUGAAAAGGAAAGCGUUGUCCUUUAUAUAAAGUGUGGCACACUGGUUCAGAGUCACAACCUGAUUUCCAAAUGUUUACUGCCAUUAAGUAAGAACACAGGGAGCUGUCAGUUACCAGGCCCUGCUACUCACCUAUCUAGUCCAGUACUGCCUACUCUGACUGACAACAACUCUCUAGAGUCUCAGGCAGAAGCCUUUUCUUCCGCCUGCUUCCCUGUGUUUUGAAACUGGGGCCCCCAGAGCUUGAACCUGAGACCUUCUGUAGAUACAGUGCAUGUGCUCUACCCCUGAGCUGUGGUCCCUCCCAUAAAGUUCAGUCUUCCUAAAAUCUCAGGUGACAGUUUUCUGAGUUCAUCCGACAGGCAAGCACCCAGUGCUCAACUCUGCAGGACAGCCAAUGUCCCUUCAGGUGCUGUUGGACUCCAAAUCCUAUCAGUCCCCAACAACAUGCCUAGUGGUCAGGGAUGGUGGGAGUUGUAGUACAGCAAUAUCUGGAGACAACAAGUUGGGUACCUCUGCAGUACUGCACCCUGUUUGUGCUAAACCAUUAUCUUUAACACAAGUAGACAAGCUUCCAUAUACCAUUGCCAUCCAUUUAAAUAUUGAUGCAAUUGAACAUGCUUGAAUUUUUAUAGGAUGGACUCCCACAUCACCCUAGCUUAAUUCUUUCCCCAGGCAACUUGUUUUCCUUUUAAUUCCUGCUCUACUUUUAGACAUGAGUACACAGACUUGAAUUGGAAAUGGUGCUUUUCCAAGUCUGCUGGAUAAAUUUUCAGACCUUGAAGACCUGUGGCAAGGGUGUAGUUUUGAUCUUCAAACUAAUAAAUCUGAAAUUGGCUAGCAUUAACAUCAGGCUCAUCCAGAAGAAAAGGUUAAGGUAUCCCCCAAAGCUGAGAUCUUUUACAUAUAGGCGGAUAAGAGGUUUCAUGUAAAGUAAUAAUCAGAAUGAAACUUUUUAUCUAAGAUGAAAUAUUUUUUCCUCCUUCAUGUUCACUUAGCAUUGCUUUUUGCAUGCUUAGCCAUUUUGCGAUUCAGAAGUAAAAUUCACUGUUUCAAAAAAGAACUAAUGCUUUCUAAAUAAUGCCUUGCUUUUCUAAACAAUGCAUUUUCUCAGCAAAAGCAGGGAGAAACGUGUUGCAUUCCAGUGCUUCAGUGAAAGGAUACACAGCUUCAAGGCACCCAAAGCAAUUAUAAGGCAGCUGAGUUGUUUUUCCAAGAUGAAAGGAUUAAUGAACAUACAUGCCACCCAGUAGCAUCUCUUCCCAGCCUUACAGUGAUACGUUAACAAUUAAAAUCAAAUUAUUAAACUUGUCUAUAAGCAACAUGUGCUUAAAGUCCAACUUGGCUUCCUGAUGAGUCAAACAUAUUUGGAUUUAAGACCUGUUUUAUAAAGACCUUUCUCCAAAGGGAGGCAUUAAAAUAGCACAGUAGACCUAUGCAGUGACACCUUUAGCUAUAUGCUGUAGAAAGUGCAUGCAGUAGAAAUGCUUGAAGGAAGGACCAGGUCAUUUCCAACCUACCCGAUUUGUUCUUUGAACAAAGCACCCCUGGUUUCAGGAUGAAGCCCCUGUGGGAGAAAACCAUCUUCCCGCCAGUUGAGUUCCCGUCAGCUGGCUCGCAACCCCGGUGCUGAUUCUAAUUGGGCUGUGCUCCAACUCUCACAGGUGUAUAAAAAGACGGCUGCCGGAAAGCUCGGAGACAUCAGCCUGAAAGCAUCGGAGCAAGAGAAGGAAUUUGCCGGGAAGGCUGCUCAGUACCAGCGUGAGAUGAGGCACCUCCAGCGGCUGCUGCAAGAGAAGCAGGAAACCCUGGACGAAGCGCUGCAGCAGAAAAGGUAAGUCAGCCAAAGCCUUAAACAAACCCAUUAGCCCCGACUGGUAAAGGAGCAGAUGCUCUGCCUAAGAGCCCCCUCUGGCGUGCUGUGGCUGUAUUCACUUCCCUGCCUAGCUGCUGGGUUGAAAAUCUCCUCCUCUCAACUGACUCUGUCAGCUCCCCCAUCCCCCUCUCCCUCCUUCCUCUCUAAGCCCCCGACCUACAAAUCCUUGAAAGAAAUCGUUGCCUGCUAGCUCUGACAGCCAGCCUUAAAAAUCCUCCUGGCAGCUGUACUGCCUUUUGCUGAAGGAAAGCAAACAUGCAGAAGCUAUUGACUUGAAUUGAGCUUUCAGUAAUUCUCUCCAAAGUGAAUCACUGGUCACAUGCUCAUUGAUUUAAUAACAUCUUCCAGUGAGGACUGAUGAAGUCCCAGGCUGACAUUUUUCUGACAGACAGGAAAUGAGGGCAGUCAGUUAAGAGCACUUGGCAAAAUGAAUAUUUCGUGGAUCUGGAGGUUUCUAAUCACAAAAAAGGGAGUAAACAGCUGAAUAGGUUUUGGCUGGAAGAUGAUUCUCCGUGUCGAGAGAACCUAUAAAGAGUCCUGCUUCUUACUUCUCGUGUUAGCGAUGGGAAGGCUUCAGGGAUGGUUGCUAGUACCAGCACUGAAACAACACAGGAGACAGAUAAUUAGGCAGUUAUUUUGCAGAUCAUCUCAGCCAUUGUGAGAUAAAAUAAUCCAGCCUGGAACUCAAGCUGUAUGCCAUCUGUGUCAGUUAUCAACUCCCAGUAGAGGAUAAGUAGCGUGGUCAGAUAACUUCUGAAUUUUUUGGCAAAGUGUGUAUGUACUCUCUGUGCAUAGUCCCCGUGCUGCAGUGACUGGUGUAGCAAUUCACAUGCGACAUGUCUUAGAGCACCUCCAGAUUGCAGAAAGCUUGGACGGAGGUUAUACAAUGCCCUCUCUUUAUUGAGCAUUCAUCCUGAUUUGUUUCUGCAGAGGAUAUAGGACUCCCCAUCAAUUGGUUCUUAACUAUCACUUUCCUUGCUGUAAAAAGUCUUCUUUUUUUAAGUGGGUUUGUUGUGCAGCUAAAUUUGCCAUUGUGCGAUUGAGUUCUUUCUGCAAAAGCCUGCUGCUGAACAGGGCUUGGGUCUGGUGUAACUUUACAGCAGAUUCUUGGGCACAGGAUUGCUUCCGUAGGCAGGAAAUCCACACGGCAUCCUCCAACCAGCUGUCUAUUUAGAAAGGGUGCAAGGAAAACUUCCUCUUGGGAAUAACUUCCAGGCGGACUGUGCUUCUUCUUUUGCUUUAAAAAACAUUUCCUUUUAGUAAUGACCUAAGCCACUUUAGGAGUCCCUUUGAAGGCUAAAAGGUAGCAUAUAAAUGAUUGAAUAAAUGUGUUUUGUAAGCACCAGCUUAGCAUCAAACAAUGCUACAGAACCAGAUACUCUAACCUGGGACUGCUUGCAUAUCUGGAGAACUAAAGAUGUGGUGAAUACAGCCAGGUUUCCCUGUGGUUCAGGUGUGUGGAAGGGAAGGUCCUGCUGCCACCAUGUUCCAAACCAUAGUUUUGAUCUAACAUAAACAUUCUAUUGUGCAUAUAGCCUGUGUUGCUUCAUACAGCUUGACAAUAUGUAUGUAUCUAGGAGGGGAGAACACCUGUCCUCCAAUGUGAGAGGCAGUGUGGUAUAGCAGUUAGAGUGUUGGACCUGGGAGGGUUCAAAUCCCCCACUUGGUCAUGAAGCCUUGUGGGCCAGCCCUUGCCUCUCAGUCUCCCAUUGUUGUUAUGAGGAUAAAUGGAAGGAGGGGGAAAUUUUGCAUACCACCUUGAGUUCCUUGGACUAAAGGUGGGGUAUAAUUGUAAAUAAUAAAUACGUUAAUAAAAUAAUCCUCAAUUUUAUUUCUAGUCCUGGUAUUCCCCAACAUGUCACCCCCUUAGAGCAGUGUUAGACAUGUCAACCCCUUAGAACCAUUUCUCUUCUCUUACCUGUCACACCCACCCACCCCUCACGCUUCCCACCUCAAACAGCAAAGGCUAUUAAUAUACUAGUCCAAGCUUUAUGAAGCACUGCCAUCACAAUGGGUUGUAUCCAGUAUUCGUUCUGCUCAGAGGAGACACAUUGAAAUGAAUGGACAUGACUCACUUGAGUCCCUUUACUUCAGUGGGGCUGCUUUUAGUCAGUUGGAUACAACUCCAUAAAGCUAAAAUAAUUGCCCACACUUUGAUUUAGCAGUCCACUGCGGCAGAGGAAAAUGCAGUUGUGGGAAGUAGUUCUAAACAGCAGCACUUUGUCCCUUGUUAUUGUCACCAACAGCAGCAGAGUUGCUGAGUGUUUUGCAGUUGGUUGCCAAGUCUUAGAAUCAUUGAAUCAUAUAAUUGUAGAGUUGGAAGAGACCCCGAGGGCCAUCUAGUCCAACCCCCUGCAAUGCAGGUAUCUCAGCUAAAUCAUACAUGACAGGUGGCCAUCCAACCUCUGCUUAAAAACCUCCAAGGAAGGAGAGUCCACUCCCCGAGGGAGUCUGUCGAACAGCUCUUACUGUCAGAAAGUUUUUACUGACAUUCUGGAAGAUGAGCAGUGCUUGUAGCUGGUGAAAGGCAAAUGCAGCUUUUGCCUUGCCCUCAAAGAGAUGCUUUCCUGCUGUGAUGUCUCUCUUAUUCUAGGUCAGUUUUAACAAACAUCUGGAUUGGAUGGGACAGAUGUAUAGCUGGGUUAAUCAUUCUGGCCAGUGACCAUGGGACGUCAGCUUAGCUAUGCAGACAAGCAGUGUUACAGUUCAGGAAGCUAAAAUGCUUCGCAUAUGUUUUCCCUACGCUUCCUGAAUGCUGGGCUCCUUUAGUUUAGCCAGAUUCCUUCCAUUCUGGUUGCAUUCUGCUUUCAGUUCUCUCAAAAUCUGGAAGUGCUUUAAGGAGUAAAUAUAAUUUUGUCUUGUAGUGCAGCCAGUCCCUGAACAAAGCUGUCAUUUGAAAGGUUGUUCUGGAUCUCUCUCCUCCUCCUCCCACUCUACCCCCCACCCCGGUCAGAAGAAAAACAGACCAAGGACUUAGGGGUGGGCUUCUUGUCACUAAUCUUCUGUAGCUUGGCAACCAGAAUCGGCAGUGCUGGGCAAAUAAUGUCCUGAUGCAGAUUCAUUUCCACCAGCGCCGCUCAAGGAGAAAAUUUGUGGCCUGCAAAAUUGUUCCCAGUAGAUAGAAAUUUCACUGACACAUUUAAUCUCAGCACUAUACCCAACUGAAAGUAAUAGGCUGUGUGAAUGGCAUGUUUAUUUUAUUAAAACCCUUAAAGUGUUGCGCGUAAGAUUUCGCCACGACAACUGAUGAAGCCAGCCAUCCAGUUUUCAAUAUGAAUCACCCACUUUGCAGAGGGAGUCUUGCAGUAUUUCCUUUCUUUUAUACGUAAUACCAGGACUUCCUUGGGGAACAAUGGCAGGUGAAGUCAUGGAGCACAAAAACCAAGAGAGGCUGAACUUAGAAUCAUUGAAUGGUAGAGUUCAACGGUCAUCUAGUCCAACUUCCUGCAGUGCAGGAAUGACAGCUAAUCAUUUGCAGGUCAGAGGUUGACACUGAAAGGUGGAUUCCCAAAAAGCUGAAAGAUAGUGAGCUUUAGCAGGAACCCUUGAAAUGCUCAGGAGGCAGUGUUUACUUUUGGAUGUUGAGGAUAUUAUUUUUUGCUUUAUAGCAACUCUCCAGAAUAUCACUUGUACAAGCAGACUCAAGAAUACCUAAGGCACACGACUGUGUCUUUUCUAUUCCAAAGAGCACGUGGGGCACCUGAAAGCUGGCAUUCUUGUUUUGAGCUUCUACUAGGGGAAUCUCAUUUUGUCUCCACUCGCAGUGAAGCAAUCUGAGAAAUGCUACAGCAUGAUCAUUAAAUCUCAUUUCUUCUGUGAAAAAAUAAGGGGAAAAUAGCACCUUAAAUCCUGAGUGAUAGCAUGGUUUUGGACAUGGGAAAACUCGAUUCAUGUCUCUUCUCUCCCCGCCCCUUCUUCCUUGCCUGCUCUGCCUCCCCCAUUUGCCCUUCACUCCAUCGGGAGCAGCAUUUGGGUUUUGCUCAGUACACAUGUAAUGAGUGAGGAAAAGAGCAGCCUUUUGCAGUCAUCACUGCAAAUGCAGUAGAAAGACCAAAACAACAACAACAAAACCAAAACCCACUGUGUUAAGCAGCUUUGAAAUAAACAUGUCAAAUUCUGGGGGCCUCGGUGAGGGAAGCUUUUAGACUUUUAGGCUCAUCCUUCGAGUGAUGUAAAAUUUCACAGCUCCAUACACCACCAUUUUUGAUAAAGUGCUCCCUCAGAUGAAGCCUUAUUUGCUCCCUUUCCUAAAUGGCAGUACCAAUGCCCACUUAAUGACUGAACCAGUGCCUAAGAUCAGGAUCAGCGUGGCUGUGGGAGAAUAAACUGAGACUCAGUUCAAGAUGGAAGUCCUUUGGCCAAUACAAAAGCAAAGGCAGGUGUGUUUUGAAUGGGGUUGCAGUCCCCUUGAAGAAUCAGGUUCAUAGAGAUUUCCUGGAUCCAGUGUCCCUCCUGGAUUAUCAUCUGCACUUCUUCCUGGAGAAGCCAGCUCUGGCUACUGGCCCACCUACCUUAGUCACAGCCAGAUUGGUCUCCUGCUUCAGCACACCCUUUGUGGGGCUGCCUUUUGAAAGCUGCAGCUGGUGCAAAAUAUGGCAGGGAAGGCAUCCUAACUGGAGCUGGCCUUUUUGAUCAUGUGCGCUCAGCCCUGCACCCAGAAUAAUUGGCUCCCAAUCCACUUCCAAGCUUGAUGGGAAGUAUUGGUUAUCAUCUUUAAAACCAUAUACAGUUUGAGACCUUUGAGGUGAAACCUUUCUCCGUGUCCCAUCCAGAGGUGGCAUGCCAGGUGAGGCAGAGCUGCUGCUGCUCUUGCUUCUUGGCAGGUGGGUCGCUGUUACUUACUAGGAAGGGCAGGCAAGGCAGCAGGGAGUAUAUGCCACUUGAUUGUAGAAAAAACCUCAAGGUGGUUUGGAUCAGCAUUAGAGUAAUGUCCCGUGAAGCUGUUGAUGGUGUAUUUGGUUUCUGACAUAUAGAGCUUGAGCAGGACAUGGAGCAAAUGCAACAGUGGUGCAGCUUGUGUAGAACUUUUUUUUGCCAAGAAAACUUAAAAAUCUGUGCCCAGAAUAAAUUGUAUACUUAAUUUGCACAACUUACUUUUCUGCCAUCUUCCUCCCUUUAUCAUGAUGUCAAAAACCACAAGGUAGACAGGCUGAAAUGGGUCCCUCUUGCCCUCUUAGGACAUUCCUUGGCCAAGAGGUUGAACCAGGACAAGCGAAUGCAAGAUUUACAAGCUGGGAAAGGACAUAAGCAGAUUUCUGACUGCUUUGCGGGAAAGUUUGCUUGAAUGAUUUAUGGAGCAGAGACAGAUUUGAAGACCAAAAGAGCAUUGAACAUGUUUUCUCUUUAACCAUAAGAUGAUCCACUAAAAAUUAGAUCUGAUAAAAUCACAGGAAGUGCAGGUGCCAGCAGGAAGGGAGAUGGCACCAAAUCACUUAACAGGUUCUGGAACCUGCCCUGAUUGAUCAAGGAAUAUACUUUGAAGUAGAGCGGCUUUUUGAGAUACAAAUAAAGGCUGUCAUUCAUGCCUCAUUUGUUGACCUGACCAUCUCUAAGCUGACUGGACACCAUGGCACCAGAACAGAGAGGUGUCUACUAAGCUCUGCAGCAAAAAACUACCUCUUCGAGGUUUCAUGGGCUGUAUCUCUGCUAUAUUCAGUUAUGGGAGCAACAUAUAGGCAUAUGUUAUUAUUGUGAUUCAGAUUUUCUGUUGCUGAGGAUUUUUGUUGUUCUUGCAAAGGACAUUAUUGCAAUACUCUUGAGACCAGACCAACCCCUAAAAAUUGCCACAUGCUGAGCUCCUUCUGAUGGGAUUCCUGUCAAAAGAAAUGCAAUGUGACCUAGAAAACCUUCACAGGAAACAGGAUUGUUUUGACCGGUUGCUUUUGACCUGAUAUCUCACCCUUCAGCCACAUUCACAACUUUGGUUACGUAUUUCACAGGGGGGAAAAUUCAGUACAAAGUGUGAAACACAAUGAAAUUUGCAGAAAUAUGCUAUGAGGUACCACUGCGGAUACCAGUUAUUUUCAAUUGGAAAACAGUCCUAAAUUCCUCUGAGUUUAACAGGUUAAAAAUAAAGCUGUGAAUGUCCAGCAGCAGGAUGAGAAAAUAUUAAGGGUAAGAGGAGAAAUUCAAGGCAGCGGCUGACAAAAUGUGUCAUAAAUAAAAGGGCAAAUCCCAUGCUAGGUAUUGUUAGGAAAGGGAUUGUAAAUGCAGCCACUGGUGUCAUAAUGCUUUUACAUACAAAUUAUACAGGUGAUAUACCACAAUCUCCAUUGGAAAAUCCCCAAGCGCAUUUAGGAACACAUCCAGUUCUAUCCAUCCACGAGGGUGGGCCAUCUGAAUAGCCCCAGCACUCUUACAGGGGGCACUGCCAUCCUCAAACUGAGCUUAACCUUAUCUAAACAUGACUCCAUCUCAGUAUUUUGUAGCAAAGAGGCUUUUCAUCAACAAUAUAAAGCAGCUAUGAAAUAGUUCAGACAUCUGGAGCAGCCUUAUAUCGAGCCAGACCAUUGUCCACUCUGACUGGCCACAGGUGUCCAAGAUUUUCGGCAGGGGACUUUCCCAACACAACAUUGUUGGGACAUUGGGUCAGUAGUGGAAAGGACAAUGCGGUGUGAAAAUGGCUGAAACUGAAAAGAUCCUCUGUCCCAAUCCACUGUGUGUGACUCAGGCAGCCAGAUCUACUUACAACAGCCUUAGAGGAGAAUUUGUAGUCCUGUUUUGAACCAUGACAUCACCAAUAAGGGACCCAGGAUAUUAGGGUUAUUUUUUGUGAUGCUUUCAGAACUAGACACCCAUAAAAACUGGUUAAACAAGUACAUUUGAUUGAAUUAUAUGCCAGAGAUCCUCUGAUUACUCUUUCUGUUCUGUGCACAUGGUGUUCUCUAGACAACAUUCCAGGUACAAAAAUAAAUUUAAUUGUUCUUUCUGUACUGGCUGGGUAGUUCACCUUAAAAAUACUCUCAAAAAAGGCAAAGCAUCUGAAACUUGCAAAUCCAUUUUCAUUUUUCUUCCUAGGGAAGUGGAAAGUGAACUUGAAAUAAUUUGGGAAUCAACCACCAAAGAAAACAGGAGGAUGAAGGAACUCUUGCAUAAAUCUCUAGAGAAGAGGAACACACAGAGUCCUGUCAAAGUUUAUGAAUCAGAUUUAGCUGACAUUUCUCAGAAAGACCUGCUGGCUGGGUACGGUUUUAGCUACUGUGAUGUGGAGCUUCUCUUGCCUGCGAAAACUCAGAGUCAACAGGAACCUGCAUGUUAAGAACACAGACACUCCUUCCUUUUUCAGAGGAGAAUAGGUCUGAAAGAAACAAACAUGAAGACCAAAGCAGUUUAAUCAGAAUACAGUCGGCAUUGUGUUCAAGUUGAUCUUUCAAAAGAAGCUGAUAUUCCCCUUUGGUACUAUUCUGGGCUUUUAGAAAUCAUCAUGGCAGGGAUUUGUAUUGUACCAUAGAAAUAUGGCCGGUAGAUUCUUCAAAAUCCAAAUGUUUCUAGCUCUUAACAGUUGCAAAAAUUAAAAAAAGGACCAAACACAUUUUGACACUUUCUGCUAGAUACUAAAAGUGCUUGCAGAUGGGAGUUCGUUGUGGAAUUGGUACUGCUCGUGCAUUUAAGUUUUUUAAAGCACCCACAUUAUGAUGUCAUUAGGCAGAGACAGAAGCAUGAUUUUUAAAAGAAUUAUGGGGGGCAGAGUUUCUUAAGUUGAUGAUGGUUAGGUGAAUCGUACCCUCUUCCCUGCACAUGCAGCAAUAUAAUGCCUCCUAACAGGAUGCUCAUACACAAAAAGUGUGGUAUCCUUUGCCACGUGGGAAGUCAGUACAAUUUCAUGUGUACCUCAUAGUGGAAGAUCAGAUGACUGAGUCAUCUAAGGAGGGAGGUGUUCAUCUGGAAAUACCCUAAGAAAGGAAAAUGUGUUCCCGUGGGGCUCCUAAUUAUGAGGAUGGGGCAGAUAUUCCUACAGCUUAAAUGUUAUCCGCUAUCUCUAUUGGAAUGUUGGGGACUUUUUCUCCCAGGCUUCAAUACUAUGAACCCUGCCUUGGAAAUAAGCCUCGCUGAGUACAGAUUGGCAUGCUUCCAAGUGAACAUACUUAGUAUUGCAUUGCCAGUGAUGUUAACAGUUAAAAGGAAAUGGGAGGGAUAAGUCCUCUGUGGGAGAUCUGCUAAGUAGCAAGAACAUCACUGUUCUUGUGUUGCCUCCACUGAUCUCUCUGGUCUGUUUGCACUUGCAGCAGCAAGACCACUGCCUCCCCCCACCGCACUAUAAUUCACCAGAUGCAAGCAGCCCAAUAUAUCUCAUUUCCACCACUUUCUUCCCAGUUUGUGACCGAAUAAUAAUAAUAAUUAAAAAGCUCUCUAUAUCCUGAAAAGGCCAUGCAGUUGAAAUAAAAGAAUGCAAAUUCUUUUUUAAAUUUGCGUUCUUUUAUAUUCACAGAAUUUGCAUUUUUAAAUACUGGUCACACUGCUAUAAGCUGCAAUGUUUGGGGUUUUUUUAAAUAGAAACUUGAAAUCAGCCUUUUUGCCAAUAAGCCAUCUAGCUAUUCAAACCAAAUUAAACCAGAAUGCAGCCCAAGCUGCUGCUUAGAGCUGUUUGCACUAAACUUGGAAUUGGGAGCCAUUAUUGCCGGCCUGGGCCUGAUUUAGCCAAGCUUAUAUAAAGGUAGGGAGAAAAGGAAAAGAGAGUGACUCACCCAUUUUAACACCUAAUCCUUUUAUCAAAGAGCUUAACCGAAUUUCUAGUAGUGUGAGGCCGUCUCUCAGUGCAGCUGGAGACAAAGUGGGAGACUUGGCUUGUGAUGUCUUUUUUCUUUUCUAUAUGAAAUUUUCUUUUGAAAUAAAAAGCUAAACACCACACAAUCAAUAAUUAGGAGAAAAGAAUUAACAAGAAUAUUCUCACAAUGAAACUCUUUAAGGGUCCUUAAUACAGGGAUGGAACCUGUAUGUUGUUGGAGUCCAACUCCCUCAUUGAGACCAUUGAUUCUGUCGGCUGGGGCUGAUGGGAGUUUGAGUCCAUCAACAUCUGGAGGGCCACAAGUUGCCCAUCCCGACCUUAGCAUAUCUUGGAAGAGCUUGUGAGACAGUUAUAGUAAACCCAACCUUGAUGAAAGAAUCACUGUUGAGGUUUUGAAUGUGCAACUUGCAAUGCCUGAUACAUCAGAGAAAUUAUGUGCAUCAGUAGUUGUGGUCAGAAGCCUGAAGGGCUUCAAUAAAGGAAAGACAAACUUGGGACCAGUACAUCAUUUUAAAAAUUGGAAUUCUUUGCUUGCUGAGUGGGUUCAUACAUAUCAAUUUUCUCCCAGAUUUUAUCAAUCCACUACUGUUUAGGAGAUUGUUUAGAGAUUUUCGGUUACAUGGUAUAUUGCCUAUAAUCAAGCAGACAGUUUUUCCGGGUCAUGUGGCCAGCAUGACUAAGCCACUUCUGGCGCAACAGAAUACUGACACCAGAGCAGUGCAUGGAAACACCGUUUACCUUCCCACCGGAGCAGUACCUAUUAAUCUACUUGCACUUUUUGGCGUGCUUUCAAACUGCUAGGUUGGCAGGAGCUGGACCCGAACUGCGGACCUUUUGAUCGGCAAGCCCAAGCAAGGCUCAGUGGUUUAGACCACAGUGCCACCCGCAGCCCUAACAGUUUAUGUAGCAGAACAUAAAGUACUGACUAAUCCUACUAGAUGUACACAACAUUAUUGGUCGCUUGGGUAGUUGGUAAGGUAACAAACCCACCCAAGAAGAGGAAAAGGAAUGAAAAGGAAUGAGACAGUCUGGAGAUUCCUAACUCUGCCUUUAGGUCUUAGAAGACAAUAAUUGAUGCUGCCAAACUCCAAAGAGCGCAGGAAGGUCCGGCCAGGGGUUUUGCCCUGACAAAUGAUCAAUUUCAUAUGCAACCAUCCUCCUUAAGACUGAGAGGUUGGUGAACAUUAUCAUUUCAAUAAAUUAAACUAGAUUUUGCUUAUUUAGAAGCCUUUUUAUGGGAAUGUCAUUUCAUCCAAUUAGUCUAAAGCAUUUGUCCUUCAUUCUUACAAAAACAGGCCACUACACAACCAACAUAGAACUCAGAGUUUGGCUUUUAUGUAUACAUUUGAAUGGUUUUAUAUGAAAGGUCCCGAACUAUGAUAUCCUAAAACAGCAGUAUUAUCUGGAGAGUUAUCCUAGAACCAGGGAGAGAGAUUUUUUUUUAAAAAAACUAUCUUGCUAAUCGCCUAGUCCUAGUUAUAUUUUAGUUGGUUCUAAUAAAAGCUCUUGAAACUACAGCUGCUUUUGGAUCUCGUCCCCCACCCCCGGACAGACAGCACAACCUUCAAUUUCUGAAGUUACAGCCCCCCCCCCAAUCUUAUACAGUGGUACCUCGGGUUACAGACGCUUCAUGUUACAGACGUUUCAGGUUACAUACUCCACUAACCCAGAAAUAGUACCUCAGGUUAAGAACUUUGCUUCAGGAUGAGAACAGAAAUUGCGUAGCAGCGGCGCUGAGGCAGUGGGAGGCCCCAUUAGCUAAAGUGGUGCUGCAGGUUAAGAACAGUUUCAGGUUAAGAAUGGAUCUACAGAACAAAUUAAGUUCUUAACCCGAGGUACCACUGUAUUUCCCUUUUGGAUAAUUGUCACCCCUAAAGCAUUUUUAAAUCAGCACUCAGUAUGAUGUAUGAUCCAAUGGCAUUGGCUGUGGUCUUACAUUGGUCAAAUGGGACGGAACGCCAUUUCCCAAGAGUUUAGUUUGAUUCUUUGGCUUUUUGCCUGGUCAUUCUCACAAGCAUCUUGGAGCUUGCUGCUGUCUUUGAGAACUCAAUCCCUAUUUUCCAACAGGCCACAAACAGAUGUUUAACUGUGCCUUACAUAUACAAGCUGCAAGUGCAAGUGACAAAUUCUGACCUAACUUGGUCAUGUAAAUUUUCAGUGGGACUAUUUAACUUAGUUAAAUACCACCCCUAUAAAUGGUAUACAUCCAUUGGUGCUUGUGUUCACGUUCUGUCUCAUGCUGGUUCAGGUACCUGCUUCCUCUUUUCUGCACACCAUAGUUUGCCCUUAUAUCUGGCUUGUAUGUUCCCUUCUAAUCAUGUUUUAUAUGGAGCGCCUUGUAAGAGAGAGUGUUAACACUAAAUCAUUAGCCCACAUGCCAGGACCUCAUCUGGUUAACUCCUUGCUGCAGAAAGUUGUGAAACCAGGGCACCAUUUUCAGAACAUCUUCAUAUCGCUUGUGGAUACUGCCUUAACAUCUGUCACACAAAAAUAGAUAGUUUGCAGCAUUGACAGCACAAUCCUAUGCAUGGCUACUCAGAAAUAACUCUGACAUGAGUGUGUUUAAGAUGAACCCCAAAUGGCCUUAAGCUCUUCCCACACAUGUGCCAAUGUGUAGUAACCAAAUAAAUAAUGCUGUGGGUUCUUGUUUCAUUUAGGUCUUUGACAAUGGCUGCACAUUUUGCAUAUUAGGGUAAAAUAGAGACUUGGUAAUAUUGAGUGGGAGAGACAUGUUACUAUACAUACAAGUGUGCAUUUCAGGCCAUAGAAAUUUAUGCACUUGAAUCAUAGCAAGAUGCCAAAAUGGAUAAAUGGUUUGGCUUUCUGCCUUUAAACUUGCAGCCCCCCUCUCUCCUAACCACUUUUUAAUUGUUUUUUAUAUGUCAACAUUUGGAUAAAUGUUCAAUUUUAUAAGUACUCUAUUACCUUGGCUGUGUACUAUCAAGGCCUUUGCUUGUUUGUCAAAUAUGUAUCCCCCCCCCCCCAGCAUUAAAUUUGUAGCAAUAAAGCAUUGUUUUAUUUUAAAGGAUGGG